AUGGAGAGUAAGGACACCCUGCGGGGCCUGCAGAAGAUUGAGGACCGCCCCGAGGAGAGGAUGAUCCGGGAGAAGCUCAAAGCCACCUGCAUGCCCACCUGGAAGCACGAAUGGCUGGAGAGACGCAGCAGGAGGGGCCCCGUGGUGAGCUGCUGCAGCUUGACACACACACACACACACACACACACACAUGCCCGAGCACACCGACACACACACAUGCGCAAGCACACAGACACACUCACACACACACACACACACACACACACACACUCAGGGCCGUGAUCUGCCCAACAAUGGCUCUCUUCCAGAUCAACUCAAUGCAUUUUAUGCACGCUUCGACAAUAACAACACCAUACCGUGCGUGAGGGCCCCCACAGAGCCAGAGGACUGGGUGAUCUCGCUCUCCGAGGCCGACGUGAGUAAGGUCAACACUCACAAGGCCGCAGUGCCGGAAGGUAUUUCAGGGUGCGUUCUCAGAGCAUGCAGAUCAGCUGGCAGGCAUAUUCACUGUAAUUCACAACAUAUCCUUGUCCCAGUUUGUAAUCCCCACGUCUUAAAAUGACUACCAUUGUUCCUGUUCACAAAAACUCUAAGGCUUCAUGCCACAAUGACUACUGCCCUGUAGCACAGAUCUGUAAUCAUGAAGUGCUUUGAAAGGUUAUGGCAUCUACUCCAUCAUCCCAGAUGACGCAAUCUCAAUUGCACUCCAAACUGCCCUCACCCACCUAGAUAAAAGGAAUACCUAUGUGAGAAUACUGUUCAUUGACUACAGCUCAGUGUUCAACACCAUUGUCCCCUCCAAGCUCGUCACCAAGCUUAGGACCCUGGGACUGAACACCGUCCUCUGCAACUGGAUCCUGUACUUUCUGACGGGCUGACCCCAGGUGUUGAGGGUAGGCAACAUCACCUCCACCAUGUUGACCCUCAACACGGGGGCCCCACAGGGGUGUGUGCUUAGUCCCCUCCUGUACUCCCUGUUCACCCAAGACUGCGUGGCCAAGCACGACUCCAACACCAUCAUCAAGGUUGCUGACGACACAACGGUGGUAGGCCUGAUCACUGGCGACGAUGAGACAGCCUACAGGGAGGAGGUCAGUGUGGUGCCGGGACAACUACCUCUCCCUCAACGUCAGUAAGACCAAGGAGCUGAUCCAAAUCACUAAGGGCUUAAAAUGGUCCGCUCACAGUCGUGAAGAAGGCGCGACAGCACCUCUUCCCCCUCAAGAAGUUGAAAAGGUUUGUCAUGGGCCCUCAAAUCCUCAAAAAGUUAUACAGCGACACCAUUGAGAGCAUCUUGACUGGCUGCAUCACUGCUUGGUAUGGCAACAGCACCACCCUCGAUCGAAUGGCGCUACAGAGGGUGGUGUGGACAGCCCAGUACAUCACUGGUGCCGACCUCCCUGCCAUCCAGGACCUCUAUAUCAGGUGGUGUGAAAGGAAGGCCUGGAAAAUUGUUAAAUACUUCAGCCACUCAAGCCAUAGACUGUUAUCGCUGCUUUCGCACGGGAAGUGGUACCAGUGCAUCAAACCUGAAACCAACAGGCUCUAACAGCUAAGACUGCUAAAUAGCUAACAGAAUGGCUACACCGACUAUCUGAGUAGACCCUUGUAUUUUUAUUCUUAUUUUUGCACUGUCUCUAUGUACACUGACAGGACUCUACACACUCACCCACACUGAUACUCCAACACACACAUAACAUGCACACACAUUUAUACUGACUACACACACGCACACACACUCACAUACAGUGGGGGAAAAAAGUAUUUAGUCAGCCACCAAUUGUGCAAGUUCUCCAACUUAAAAAGAUGAGAGAGGCCUGUAAUUUUCAUCAUAGGUACACGUCAACUAUGACAGACAAAAUGAGAGAAAAAAAAUCCAGAAAAUCACAUUGUAGGAUUUGUAAUGAAUUUAUUUGCAAAUUAUGGUGGAAAAUAAGUAUUUGGUCAAUAACAAAAGUUUCUCAAUACUUUGUUAUAUACCCUUUGUUGGCAAUGACACAGGUCAAACGUUUUCUGUAAGUCUUCACAAGGUUUUCACACACUGUUGCUGGUAUUUUGGCCCAUUCCUCCAUGCAGAUCUCCUCUAGAGCAGUGAUGUUUUGGGGCUGUCGCUGGGCAACACGGACUUUCAACUCCCUCCAAAGAUUUUCUAUGGGGUUGAGAUCUGGAGACUGGCUAGGCCACUCCAGGACCUUGAAAUGCUUCUUACGAAGCCACUCCUUCGUUGCCUGGGUGGUGUGUUUGGGAUCAUUGUCAUGCUGAAAGACCCGGCCACGUUUCAUCUUCAAUGCCUUUGCUGAUGGAAGGAGGUUUUCACUCAAAAUCUCACGAUACAUGGCCCCAUUCAUUCUUUCCUUUACACGGAUCAGUCGUCCUGGUCCCUUUGCAGAAAAACAGCCCCAAAGCAUGAUGUUUCCACCCCCAUGCUUCACAGUAGGUAUGGUGUUCUUUGGAUGCAACUCAGCAUUCUUUGUCCUCCAAACAUGACGAGUUGAGUUUUUACCAAAAAGUUCUAUUUUGGUUUCAUCUGACCAUAUGACAUUCUCCCAAUCCUCUUCUGGAUCAUCCAAAUGCACUCUAGCAAACUUCAGACGGGCCUGGACAUGUACUGGCUUAAGCAGGGGGACACGUCUUGCACUGCAGGAUUUGAGUCCCUGGCGGAUUUGAGUCCCUGUGUUACUGAUGGUAGGCUUUGUUACUUUGGUCCCAGCUCUCUGCAGGUCAUUCACUAGGUCCCCCCGUGUGGUUCUGGGAUUUUUGUUCACCGUUCUUGUGAUCAUUUUGACCCCACGGGGUGAGAUCUUGCGUGGAGCCCCAGAUCGAGGGAUAUUAUCAGUGGUCUUGUAUGUCUUCCAUUUCCUAAUAAUUGCUCCCACAGUUGAUUUCUUCAAACCAAGGUGCUUACCUAUUGCAGAUUCCGUCUUCCCAGCCUGGUGCAGGUCUACAAUUUUGUUUCUGGUGUCCUUUGACAGCUCUUUGGUCUUGGCCAUAGUGGAGUUUGGAGUGUGACUGUUUGAGGUUGUGGACAGGUGUCUUUUAUACUGAUAACAAGUUCAAACAGGUGCCAUUAAUACAGGUAACGAGUGGAGGACAGAGGAGCCUCUUAAAGAAGAAGUUACAGGUCUGUGAGAGCCAGAAAUCUUGCUUGUUUGUAGGUGACCAAGUACUUAUUUUCCACCAUAAUUUGCAAAUAAAUUAAUAAAAAAUCCUACAAUGUGAUUUUCUGGAUUUUUUUUCCCUCCAUUUGUCUGUCAUAGUUGACGUGUACCUAUGAUGAAAAUUACAGGCCUCUCUCAUCUUUUUAAGUGGGAGAACUUGCACAAUUGGUGGCUGACUAAAUACUUUUUUCCCCCACUGUAUAAUUCUCUGUAUCACAAUUCCAGUGGGUCAGACGUUUACAUACACUAAGUUGACUGUGUAUUUAAACAGCUUGGAAAAUUCCAGAAAAUGAUGUCAUGGCUUUAGAAGCUUCUGAUAGGCUAAUUGACAUAAUUUGAGUCAAUUGGUGGUGUACCUGUGGAUUCCAUUUCAAGGCCUACCUUCAAACUCAGUGCCUCUUUGCUUGAUAUCAUGGGAAAAUCAAAAGAAAUCAGCCAAGACCUAAAAAAAAAAUGUUGACCUCCACAAGUCUGAUUCAUCCUUGGGAGCAACUUCCAAACGCCUGAAGGUACCACGUUCAUCUGUACAAACAAUAGUACGCAAGUAUAAACACCAUGGGACCACGCAGCCGUCAUACCGCUCAGGAAGGAGACGCGUUCUGUCUCCUAGAGAUGAACGUACUUUGGCGCGAGAAGUGCAAAUGAAUCCCAGAACAACAGCAAAGGACCUUGUGAAGAUGCUGGAGGAAACAGGUACAAAAGUAUCUAUAUCCACAGUAAAACGAGUCCUAUAUCGACAUAACCUGAAAGGCCGCUCAGCAAGGAAGAAGCCACUGCUCCAAAACCGCCAUAAAAAAGCCAGACUACGGUUUGCAACUGUACAUGGGGACAAAGAUCGUACUUUUUGGAGAAAUGUCCUCUGGUCUGAUGAAACAAAAAUAGAACUGUUUGGCCAUAAUGACCAUCGUUAUGUUUAGAGGAAAAAGGGGGUGGCUUGCAAGCCGAAAACACCAUCCCAACCGUGAAGCAUGGGGGUGGCAGCAUCAUGCUGUGGGGGUAUUUUGCUGCAGGAGGGACUGGUGCACUUCACAAAAUAGAAGGCAUCAUGAGGAAGGAAAAUUAUGUGGAUAUAUUGAAGCAACAUCUCAAGACAUCAGUCAGGAAGUUAAAUGUUGGUAGCAAAUGGGUCUUCCAAAUGGACAAUGACCCCAAGCAUACUUCCAAAGUUGCGGCAAAAUGGCUUAAGGACAACAAAGUCAAGGUAUUGGAGUGGCCAUCACAGAGCUCUGACCUCAAUCCUAUAGACAAUUUGUGGGCAGAACUGAAAAAGUGUGUGCGAGCAAGGAGGCCUACAAACCUAACUCAGUUACACCAGCGCUGUCAGGAGGAAUGGGCCAAAAUUCAGCCAACUUAUUGUGGGAAGGUUACCCAAAACGUUUGACCCAAGUUAAAUAAUUUACAGGCAAUGCUACCAAAUACUAAUUGAGUGUAUGUAAACUUCUGACUCACUGGGAAUGUGAUGAAUCAUUCUCUCUACUAUUAUUCUGACAUUUCACAUUCUUAAAAUAAAGUGGUGAUCCUAACUGACCUAAAACAGGGAAUUUUUACUAGGAUUAAAUGUCAGGAAUUGUGAAAAACUGAGUUUAAAUGUAUUUGGCUAAGGUGUAUGUAAACGUCCGACUUCAACUGUAUAUAAACAUGUACAGUACCAGUCAAAAGUUUGAACACACCUACUCAUUCAGCGGUUUUUCUUUAUUUUUAAUAUUAUUUACAUUGUAGAAUAAUAGUGAAGACAUCAAAACUAUGAAAUAACACAUGUGGAAUCAUGUAGUAACCAAAAAAAGUGUUAAACAAAUCAAAAUAUAUCUUAUAUUUGAGAUUCUUCAAAUAGCCACCCUUUACCUUGAUGACAUCUUUGCACACUCUUGGCAUUCUCUCAACCAGCUUCAUGAGCUAGUGACCUGGAAUGCAUUUCAAUUAACAGGUGUUUCUUCUUAAAAGUUAAUUUGUGGGGGGGGGGGGGGGGGGGGGGUAUACAGAAGAUAGCCCUAUUUGGUAAAAUACCAAGUCCAUAUUAUGGCAAGAACAGCUCAAAUAAGCAAUUAGAAACGACAGUUCAUCAUUACUUUAAGACAUGAACGUCAGUCAAUACGGAACAUUUCAAGAACUUUGAAAGUUUCUUCUAGUGCAGUCGCAAAAACCAUCAAUCACUAUGAUGAAACUGGCUCUCAUGAGGACACGACACGAAUGGAGACCCAGAGUUAACUCUGCUGCAGAGGAUAAGUUAAUUAGAGUUACCAGCCUCAGAAAUUGCAGCCUAAAUCUAUACUUCACAGAGUUCAAGUAACAGACACAUCUCAACAUCAACUGUUCAGAGGGAACUGUGUGAAUCAGGCCUUCAUGGUCGAAUUGCUGCAAAGAAACCACUACUUAAGGACACCAAUAUGAAGAAGAGAUCUGCUUGUGCCAAGAAACACGAGCAAUGGACAUUAGACCGGUGGAAAUGUGUCCAUUGGUCUCUGGUCCAAAUUUGAGAUUCUUGGUUCCAACCCCUUUGUCUUUUUGAGAUGAACGGUGUGGGUGAACGGAUGAUCUCCGCAUGUUUAUUUCCCACCGACUUAAACAGCAUGGCUACCACAGCAUUCUACAGCGAUACACCAUCCCAUCUGGUUUGGGCUUAGUGGGACUAUGACCCAACACACCUCCAGGCUGUGUAAGGGCUAUUUUACUAAGGAGAGUGAUGGAGUGCUGCGUCAGAUGACCUGGCCUCCACAAUCCCCCGACCUCAACCCAAUUGAGAUGGUUUGGGAGGAGUCGGACUGCGGAGUGAAGGAAAAGCUGCCAACAAGUGCUCAGCAUAUGUGGGAACUCCUUCAGACUGUUGGAAAAAGUAUUCCAGUUAAAGCUGGUUGAGAAAGGGGAGGCUAUUUGAAGAUUCUCAAAUAUUAAAUAUAUAAAAUAUUUGUUAAACAUUUUUUUGUUUACUACAUGAUUCCAUAUGUGUUAUGUCAUAGUGUUGAUGUCUUCACUAUUAUUAUACAAUGUAAAAAAUAGUAAAAAUAACCUUGAAUGAGUAGGUGUGUCCAAACUUUUGACUGGUACUGUAUGUUCAUAUAAAUAUACACUCACAUGCAGGAAUGUUACACACAUGAAGUAUUCAAACAGAUACACACACGAACGUCACAGAAAAACACAUAGAGUACAUAUGUGCUUUGCUUACUGUGUCACACUCAACAUUUAUAGAUACAAGCAACUAUCAAAUAUUCCCUACUCUACUAAAGACUGAUAUGAUACUGUUAAUGCUUUGAAUAAUGAUUAAGUGAAAUCUAACAGAUUAAGGGAAUUUGACAUUUUCCAACCCUGGGCAUUGUACUAUUACAUUGCAGCCAGUCUUUCACAGCAGACACAAAUGCUGACUUCUAAAUUGACCUCUAGUCUAGACACUGCAUUCUAGUCUAGGCACUAAUCUGAGAUCUGAGAGGAUUAGAUAGAUAUACACUAAGUAUACAAAACAAUAAGAACAUUUGCUCUUUCCAAUCCAGGUGAAAGCUAUGAUCCCUUAUUAGUGUCACUUGUUAAAUCUACUUCAAUCAGUGUAGAUGAAGGGCAGGAGACAGGUUAAAAAAUGAUUUUUAAGCCUUGAGGCAAUUGAGACUCACCUCAAUAUUAGGAAGGUUUUCCUAAUGUUUGGUAUACUCAGUGUAAGGAUUAUGGUAAUAUAGCUACAGUGGCUUGCGAAAGUAUUCACCCCCCUUGGCAUUUUUCCUAUUUUGUUGCCUCACAACCUUGAAUUAAAAUAGAUUUUUGGGGGGUUUGUAUCAUUUGAUUUACACAACAUGCCUACCACUUUGAAGAUGCAAAAUAUUUUUUGGGGUGAAACAAACAAGAAAUAAGACAAAAAAACUGAAAACUUGAGCGUGCAUAACUAUUCACCCCCACUAAUUCAAUACUUUGUAGAGCCAUUUUUGCACCAAUUACAGCUGCAAGUCUCUUGGGGUAUGUCUCUAUAAGCUUGGCACAUCUAGCCACUGGGAUUUUUGCCCAUUCUUCAAGGCAAAACUGCUCCAGCUCCUUCAAGUUGAAUGGGUUCCGCUGGUGUACAGCAAUCUUUAAGUCAUACCACAGAUUCUCAAUUGGAUUGAGGUCUGGCCUUUGACUAGGCCAUUCCAAGACAUUUAAAUGUUUCCCCUUAAACCACUCGAGUUUUGCUUUAGCAGUAUGCGUAGGGUCAUUGUCCUGCUAGAAGGUGAACCUCCAUCCCAGUCUCAAAUCUCUGGAAGACUGAAACAGGUUUCCCUCAAGAAUUUCCCUGUAUUUAGCAUCAUCCAUCAUUCCUUCAAUUCUGAACAGUUUCCCAGUCCCUGCCGAUGAAAAACAUCCCCACAGUAUAAUGCUGCCACCACCAUGCUUCACUGUGGGGUUGAUGUUCUCGGGGUGAUGAGAGGUGUUGGGUUUGCGCCAGACAUAGCGUGUUUCUUGAUGGCCAAAAAGCUCAAUUUUAGUCUCAUCUGACCAGAGUACCUUCUUCCAUAUGUUUGGGGAGUCUCCCAUAUGCAUUUUGGCGAACACCAAACGUGUUUGCUUAUUUUUUUCUUCAAGCAAUGGCUUUUUUCUGGCCACUCUUCCGUAAAGCCCAGCUCUGUGGAGUGUAUGGCUUAAAGUGGUCCUAUGGACAGAAACUCCAAUAUCCGCUGUGGAGCUUUGCAGCUCCUUCAGGGUUAUCUUUGGUCUCUUUGUUGCCUCUCUGAUUAAUGCCCUCCUUGCCUGGUCCGUGAGUUUUGGUGGACGGCCCUCUCUUGGCAGGUUUGUUGUGGUGCCAUAUUCUUUCAAAUUUUUUGUAAUGGAUUUAAUGGUGCUCCGUGGGAUGUUCAUAUUUUUUUUAUAACCCAACCCUGAUCUGUACUUCUCCACAACUUUGUCCCUGACCUGUUUGGAGAGCUCCUUGGUCUUCAUGGUGCCGCUUGCUUGGUGGUGCCCCUUGCUUAGUGCUGUUGCAGACUCUGGGGCCUUUCAGAACAGGUGUAUAUAUACUGAGAUCAUGUGACACUUAGAUUGCACACAGGUGGACUUUAUUUAACUAAUUAUGUGAUUUCUGAAGGUAAUUGGUUGCACCAGAUCUUAUUUAGGGACUUCAUAGCAAAGGGGGUGAAUACAUAUGCAAAGUUAAUUUUUUCAUUUCACUUCACCAAUUUGGACGAUUGUGUGUAUGUCCAUUACAUGAAAUCCAAAUAAAAAUCAAUUUAAAUUACAUGCAACAAAAUAGGAAAAAUGCCAAGAGGGAUGAAUACUUUUGCAAGGCACUGUACGUCUUGCCUUCUGAUUGACUGGGUGGGAAUGUCACCAUAAUACUUCCACCUUGCCAAUUCUCUAAGAUCUACAGGAGUGGGUAGGCGGAUUUUUCAUUAAGCCACUGUAAUGGGACUACUGUUAUUUGGCCCCCAAACCACAUACUGACUUCCCACUCCCCUCUCCCCCUCUCCCUCCUUCCCCCCUUAGGUGGUGAAGCCCGUCCCCAUGCAACUGGACGGGAGCGAGGCAGGCUGCAAGGGGGCCGAGGCGGAAUGCGACACGCCUACCAGCGCCUCCCCCCAGCAGAGUAGUGGCCGAUGCAGCCCCUCCCCCGGACCCCCCUCUUCCUCCUCCUCUUCCUCUGGCAGGGCCUGUGGGAAGCCUGAGUCCCCAGGGGUGCACAGGAAGAGGGCCUCGCCCGUGCCAGUGAGUAGCCACACACACAUACAUACACUACCAGUCAAAAGUUUGGACACACCUACUCAUUCAAGGGUUUUUCUUCAUUUUUGCUAUUUUUUACAUUGUAGAAUAAUAUUGAAGAUAUCAAAACUAUGAAAUAACACAUAUGGAAUCAUAUAGUGACCAAAAAAGUGUUAAACAUUCUCUCAACCAGCUUCAUGAGGUAGUCACCAGGAAUGCAUUUUAAUUAACAGGUGUGCCUUCUUAAAAGUUAAUUUGUGGAAUUUAUUUCCUUCUUAAUGCGUUUGAGCCAAUCAGUUGUGUUGUGACAAGGUAGGGGGGGUAUACAGAUGAUAGCCCUAUUUGGUAAAAGACCAAGUCCAUAUUAUGACAAGAACAGCUCUAAUAAGCAAAGAGAAACGACAGUCCAUCAUUACUUUAAGACAUGAAGGUCAGUCAAUACAGAACAUUUCAAGAACUUUGAAGGUUUCUUCAAGUGCAGUUGCAAAAACCAUCAAGCGCUAUCAUGAAACUGGCUCUCAUGAGGACCGCCACAGGAAUUGAAGACCCAGAGUUACCUCUGCUGCAGAGGAUAAGUUCAUUAGAGUUACCAGCCUCAGAAAUUGAAGCCCCAAUUAUUUUUUUGAUUUCACCUUUAUUUAACCAGGUAAGCCAGUUGAGAACAAGUUCUCAUUUACAACUGCGACCUGGCCAAGAUAAAGCAAAGCAGUGCAAUAAAAACAACAACACAGAGUUACAUAUGGGGUAAAACAAAACAUAAAGUAAAAAAUACAACAGAAAAUAUAUAUACAGUGUGUGCAAAUGUAGCAAGUUAUGGAGGUAAGGCAAUAAAUAGGCCAUAGUGCAAAAUAAUUACAAUUAGUUUUAACACUGGAAUGAUAGAUGUGCAAGAGAUGAUGUGCAAAUAGAGAUACUGGGGUGCAAAUGAGCAAAAUAAAUAACAAUAUGGGGAUGAGGUAGUUGGGUGGGCUAAUUUCAGAUGGGCUGUGUACAGGUGCAGUGAUCGGUAAGGUGCUCUGACAACUGAUGCUUAAAGUUAGUGAGGGAGAUAAGAGUCUCCAGCUUCAGAGAUUUUUGCAGUUCGUUCCAGUCAUUGGCAGCAGAAAACUGGAAGGAAUGGCGGCCAAAGGAGGUGUUGGCUUUGGGGAUGACCAGUGAGAUAUACCUGCUGGAGUGCAUACUACGGGUGGGUGUUGCUUUGGUGACCAAUGAGCUAAGAUAAGACGGGGAUUUGCCUAGCAGUGAUUUAUAGAUGGCCUGGAGCCAGUGGGUUUGGCAACAAAUAUGUAGUGAGGACCAGCCAACAAGAGCGUACAGGUCACAGUGGUGGGUAGUAUAUGGGACUUUGGUGACAAAACGGAUGGCACUGUGAUAGACUACAUCCAAUUUGCUGAGUAGAGUGUUGGAUGCUAUUUUGUAAAUGACAUCGCCGAAGUCAAGGAUCGGUAGGAUAGUCAGUUUUACGAGGGCAUGUUUGGCAGCAUGAGUGAAGGAGGCUUUGUUGCGAAAUAGGAAGCCGAUUCUAGAUUUAACUUUGGAUUGGAGAUGCUUAAUGUUUACAGUCUAACCAGACACCUAGGUAUUUGUAGUUGUCCACAUACUCUAGGUCAGACCCGUCGAGAGUAGUGAUUCUAGUCGGGUGGGCGGGUGCCGGCACCGUAUGAUUGAAGAGCGUAUGAUUGAAGAGCGACAUCAUUGAUAUACACAGAGAAAAGAGUCGGCCCAAGAAUUGAACCCUGUGGCACCCCCAUAGAGACUGCCAUAGGUCCAGACAACAGGCCCUCCGAUUUGACACAUUGAACUCUAUCUGAGAAGUAGUUGGUGAACCAGGCGAGGCAGUCAUUUGAGAAACCAAGGCUAUUUAGUCUGCCAAUAAGAAUGCGGCGGUUGACAGAGUCGAAAGCCUUGGCCAGGUAAAUGAAGACGGCUGCACAGUACUGUCUAUUAUCGAUCGCGGUUAUAAUAUCGUUUAGGACCUUGAGCGUGGCUGAUGACCAGCUCGGAAACCGGAUUGCUUAGCGGAGAAGGUACGGUGUGAUUCGAAAUGGUCAGUGAUCUGUUUGUUAACUUGGCUUUCAAAAAACUUUCAAAAGGCAGGGCAGGAUGGAUAUAGGUCUGUAACAGUUUGGAUCUAGAGUGUCACCCCCUUCGAAGAUGGGGAUGACCGCGGCAGCUUUCCAAUCUCUGGGGACCUCAGACGUUAUGAAAGAGAGGUUGAACAGGCUAGUAAUAGGGGUUGCGACAAUUUCGGCGGCUAAUUUUAGAAAGAAAGGGUCCAGAUUGUCUUGCCCAGCUGAUUUGUAGAGGUCCAGAUUUUUCAGCUCUUUCAGAACAUCAGCUGUCGGAAUUUGUGUGAAGGAGAAGCGGGAGGGGAGGGGCAUGGGCAAGUUGCAGCGGAGGGUGCAGAGCUGGUGGCGGGGGUAGUGGUAGCCAGGUGGAAAGCAUGGCCAGCCGUAGCAAAAUGCUUGGUGAAAUUCUCGAUUAUUGUAGAUUUAUCGGUGGUGAUAGUGUUUCCUAGCCUCAGUGCAGUGGGCAGCUGGGAGGAGGUGCUCUUAUUCUCCAUGGACUUUACAGUGUCCCAAAACUUUUUGGAGUUAGUGCUACAAGGAUGCACAUUUCAGUUUGAAAAAGCUAGCCUUUGCUUUCCUAACUGCUUGUGUAUAUUGGUUCCUAACUUCCCUGUAGAGUUGCAUAUCGUAGGGGUUAUUCGAUGCUAAUGCAGUACGCCACAGGAUGUUUUUGUGCUGGUCAAGGGCAGUCAAAUCUGUUCUUAGUUCUGAAUUUUUUUAAUGGGGCAUGCUUAUUUAAGAUUGAGAGGAAAGCACUUUUAAAGAACAACCAGGCAUCCUCUACUGACGGAAUGAGAUCGAUAUCCAUCCAGGAUAACUGGGCCAGAUCAAUUAGGAAGGCCUGCUCGCUAAAGUGUUUUAGGGAGCGUUUGACAUUGAUGAGGGGUGGUCGUUUGACCGCGGACCCGUUAUGGAUGCAGGCAAUAAGGCAGUGAUCGCUGAGGCCCUGGUUGAAGACAGCGGAGGUGUAUUUAGAGGGUGCCCAUGUUUACGGAUUUAGGGUUGUACCUGGUAGGUUCCUUGAUAAUUUGGAUUGUAGGAUGGCCGGGGUGUUAAGCAUAUCCCAGUUUCGGUCACCAAGCAGUACGAACUCUGAGGAUAGAUUUACAUGUACAUUUUAGUCAUUUAGCAGACGCUCUUAUCCAGAGCGACUUACAGUUAGUGCAUACUUUUUUUUUUUUUUUUUCAUACCCCCUGUGGGAAUCGAACCCACAACCCUGGCGUUGCAAAUAUAAGAUAUAUUUAGAUUUGUUUAACACUUUUUGGUUACUAAAUUUUUCCAAAUGUGUUAUUUCAUAGUUUUGAUGUCUUCACUGUUAUUCUACAAUGUAGAAAAUAGUCAAAAUAAAGAAAAACCCUGGAAUGAGCAGGUGUGUCCAAACUUUGCACUGGUACUGUACAUAGCAUGCACACACACACACACACACACACACACACACACACACACACACACACACAUAUAUGAGAACGUCAGCUACGUGUUUAAGCGUACUUCAUAGUAUUUGAGAAUACAUAAACAUAUAGUUUCAAAGUGUAUUCGCCACGUGCACAGGAUAGAACAGGUGUAAAACAGUACAGUGAAAUUCUUACCUUGACUUCAGAGCUCUUUCCCAAGAAUGCAGUGAUAAUAAUAAUAAUAAUAUAACGAUGAACUACGAUGUGAGUUAAUGAAACACGAGAAUGCAAGACAUUUGAUAAUAAUAUACCAUUGAUUGGAUAUUAAUCCUCUUCACUUUGGGUUUGAAGAACUGUUAAGUCCUAAGUGACUAUUUAUUAGACAAUAAAGCAAACCCAUAUAACUAUGAAUGGGAGAGGAUUAAGACUAGUUUUUGUCUGAGGCUGUCUUGAUCUAAUGUUGAUGUAAUUUUGUUGUUGUGUAGUUUCAGAGUGGCAGGGUGACGCCCCCUCGCCGGGUGCCCUCCCCAGACGGUUUCUCCCCCUACAGUCCCGAGGAGACCAGUCGCCGUGUCAACAAGGUCAUGAGAGCACGCCUCUACCUACUGCAGCAGAUAGGCCCCAACUCCUUCCUGAUUGGAGGAGACAGCCCUGACAACAAAUACAGAGUGUUCAUUGGCCCACAGGUAAGAAGUGCUCGCUGUCCACUCAGACCAAUGAAAAAAGAUUAGACAGAAUUAAAAGACUCACGCUCAAUUUCAAAUCGACUCCCUCUACCCUCUAGGUAAUUACAAUUAUUGGAUAGGUGUUAUCAAUAUUACAGAAUUUCCACCUAGCCUAUCAGAAGGAAGGUCACCAUAUUGCCUAUUAUACUUAUACAGUCCUUUCAAAUGUAUACGUAGCUAGACUUGGGGUUGAUUUGGAAUUUGGCGUUUUGUGUCAGUUUGAUUUAGCUGAUGCAAGUUUGCGAGAUUCCAACUGUCUGGCUAGAUUGAGGCUAGGCUGCAACAAGGACCCCAGCUUUUACCAAAUUGCAUUUACAGCAAUAGAUUUGAGUUUUAAAGGGAUACUUGGACUUUGGCAAUGAAGCCCUUUAUCUACUUCCACAGAGUCCGAUGAACUCAUGGAUACCAUUUUUAUGUCUCUGCAUCCAGUAUGAAGGAAGUUAAGAGGUAGCUUCGCGCGCCAAUGCUAACUAGCGUUAGCGCAAUGACUAGACAUCUAUGGUAUCUACUAGCAUGCUGACAGUUACCAUAGACUUCCAGUCAUUGCGCUAACAUCAGUUAGCAAUUGCGCUAACGCUAGUUAGCAACUUCCUUCAAACUGCUGGCAGAGACAUAAAAAAAUAUAUCCAUGAGUUCCUCUUACUCUGGGGAAGUAGAUAAAGAGCUUCAUUGCCAAAAUCCUGAAGUAUCCCUUUAAGAAUUUACUUCACUUGUACAUUGGCCAGCUUGUUUUGUUUACCCAGCCAUUUGCUACUAUAGAGCUGGAUUGAUGUAGAGCUCCAUUGCCUCUUACUAACGCAGUGCUAGCUGUGCCACUAGAGAUCCUGGUUCGAAUCCAGGCUCUGUCGUAGCCGGCCGUGACCGGGAGACCCAUGGGGCGGCGCACAAUUGGCCCAGCGUCGUCCAGGGUAGGGGAGGGAAUGGCCGGCAGGGAUGUAGCUCAGUUGGUAGAGCAUGGCAUUUGCAACGCCAGGGUUGUGGGUUCGAUUCCCACGGGGGGCCAGUAUGAAAAAUAUAAUGUAUGCACUCACUAACUGUAAGUCGCUCUGGAUAAGAGCGUCUGCUAAAUGACUAAAAUGUAAAUGUAAAUGUAAAGGUCUAAGUCCCAAAUGGCACCCUGCUUCCAAUAUAGUGCACUAUUUUUGUCAAAAGUAGUGCACUAUAUGGGGACUAUGGUGCCAUUUGGAAUGCACCCAAUGAUUAUUAAUCUCUGUAUAUGAAAUUGGGCUCUCCUGAGUGACUUGUGUGUCUGUUUGGCAAUUUAUGACCUCGUGCAUGUGCAUGUGACCAUAAUGGAGUGUGUGUGUAUCUGUGUCUGACCAUUUAUGACCGUGUGUGUAUGCACGUGUGUACAGUGGGGGAAAAAAGUAUUUAGUCAGCCACCAAUUGUGCAAGUUCUCCCACUUAAAAAGAUGAGAGAGGCCUGUAAUUUUCAUCAUAGGUACACGUCAACUAUGACAGACAAAUGGAGGGGAAAAAAAUCCAGAAAAUCACAUUGUAGGAUUUUUUAUUAAUUUAUUUGCAAAUUAUGGUGGAAAAUAAGUACUGUACCUGUCCACAACCUCAAACAGUCACACUCCAAACUCCACUAUGGCCAAGACCAAAGAGCUGUCAAAGGACACCAGAAACAACAUUGUAGACCUGCACCAGGCUGGGAAGACUGAAUCUGCAAUAGGUAAGCAGCUUGGUUUGAAGAAAUCAACUGUGGGAGCAAUUAUUAGGAAAUGGAAGACAUACAAGACCACUGAUAAUAUCCCUCGAUCUGGGGCUCCACGCAAGAUCUCACCCCGUGGGGUCGAAAUGAUCACAAGAACGGUGAGCAAAAAUCCCAGAACCACACGGGGGGACCUAGUGAAUGACCUGCAGAGAGCUGGGACCAAAGUAACAAAGCCUACCAUCAGUAACAGGGAAUCAAAUCCUGCAGUGCCACACGUGUCCCCCUGCUUAAGCCAGUACAUGUCCAGGCCCGUCUGAAGUUUGCUAGAGUGCAUUUGGAUGAUCCAGAAGAGGAUUGGGAGAAUGUCAUAUGGUCAGAUGAAACCAAAAUAGAACUUUUUGGUAAAAACUCAACUCGUCGUGUUUGGAGGACAAAGAAUGCUGAGUUGCAUCCAAAGAACACCAUACCUACUGUGAAGCAUGGGGGUGGAAACAUCAUGCUUUGGGGCUGUUUUUCUGCAAAGGGACCAGGACGACUGAUCCGUGUAAAGGAAAGAAUGAAUGGGGCCAUGUAUCGUGAGAUUUUGAGUGAAAACCUCCUUCCAUCAGCAAGGGCAUUGAAGAUGAAACGUGGCUGGGUCUUUCAGCAUGACAAUGAUCCCAAACACACCGCCCGGGCAACGAAGGAGUGGCUUCGUAAGAAGCAUUUCAAGGUCCUGGAGUGGCCUAGCCAGUCUCCAGAUCUCAACCCCAUAGAAAAUCUUUGGAGGGAGUUGAAAGUCCGUGUUGCCCAGCGACAGCCCCAAAACAUUAUUGCUCUAGAGGAGAUCUGCAUGGAGGAAUGGGCCAAAAUGCCAGCAACAGUGUGUGAAAACCUUGUGAAGACUUACUGAAAACGUUUGACCUGUGUCAUUGUCAACAAAGGGUAUAUAACAAAGUAUUGAGAAACUUUUGUUAUUGACCAAAUACUUAUUUUCCACCAUAAUUUGCAAAUAAAUUCAUAAAAAGUCCUACAAUGUGAUUUUCUGGAAUUGUUUUUCUCAUUUUGUCUGUCAUAGUUGAGUUGUACCUAUGAUGAACAUUACAGGCCUCUCUCAUCUUUUUAAGUGGGAGAACUUGCACAAUUGGUGGCUUACUAAAUACUUUUUUUCCCCCACUGUAUGUGACCACUGUAUGUAUAUACAUACACAUUCGUGAGUAACCCCCGGUCUGCGUUCAUCCUCCCCUCUCUCUGUAGACCUGUAGCUGUGGCCGAGGGGCAUUUUGUAUCCACAUCCUCUUCGUCAUGCUCCGAGUCUUCCAGCUGGAGCCCUCAGACCCCUUGCUCUGGAGGAAAACCCUCAAAAACUUUGAGGUAACCUUCCAGUAACCUACCGAUGUGCCCACUAACCAAUCUGUAUAAUUCCCCUUUCUCACUACUGAGCUGUAUAGUGCUGGCCUGGUUAUGGAUCCACCAUAGUGCUGGAACUGUGCUAGACAGGACAAUGUGGUAAGGCAAUAUCCGUGCCAGCACAGUAUGGUUCGGGUCAGCACAAUAGUGUGAAAGGGUGAACAUGAUUUGUUGAACCCAUUGUUUGUAAUGACCAAUUUUCAAAAAACUUCAGAGCUAGAGUACAUUGAGGGGAAAAAAGUAUUUGAUCCCCUGCUGAUUUUGUACGUUUUCCCACUGACAAAGACGUGAUCAAUCUAUAAUUUGAAUGGUAGGUUUAUUUGAACAGUGAGAGACAGAAUAACAACAAAAAAAUCCACUAAAACGCAUGUCAAAAAUUUUAUCAAUUGAUUUGCAUUUUAAUGAGGGAAAUAAGUAUUUGACCUCUCUGUAAAGCAUUCCUCCUCCUCCAAACACGGCGAGUCGAGUUGAUGCCAAAGAGCUCGAUUUUGGUCUCAUCUGACCACAACACUUUCACCCAGUUCUCCUCUGAAUCAUUCAGAUGUUCAUUGGCAAACUUCAGACGGGCCUGCGGGCGCUGCAGGAUUUCAGUCCUUCACGGCGUAGUGUGUUACCAAUUGUUUUCUUGGUGACUAUGGUCCCAGCUGCCUUGAGAUCAUUGACAAGAUCCUCCUGUGUAGUUCUGGGCUGAUUCCAGGCCGAGGGAGAUUGACAGUCUUUUGUGUUUCUUCCAUUUGCGAAUAAUCGCACCAAAUGUUGUCACCUUCUUACCAAGCUGCUUGGCGAUGGUCUCGUAGCCCAUUCCAGCCUUGUGUAGGUCUACAAUCUUGUCCCUGACAUCCUUGGAGAGCUCUUUGGUCUUGGCCAUGGUGGAGAGUUUGGAAUCUGAUUGAUUGAUUGCUUCUGUAGACAGGUGUCUUUUAUACCGGUAACAAACUGAGACUAGGAGCACUCCCUUUAAGAGUGUGCUCCUAAUCUCAGCUCGUUACCUGUAUAAAAGACACCUGGGAGCCAGAAAUCUUUCUGAUUGAGAGGGGGUCAAAUACUUAUUUCCCUCAUUAAAAUGCAAAUCAAUUUAUAACAUUUUUGACAUGUGCUUUUUCUGGAUUUCUUUGUUGUUAUUCUGUCUCUCACUGUUCAAAUAACCCUACCAUUAAAAUGAUAGAGUGAUUAUUUAUUUGUCAGUGGGCAAAUUUACAAAAUCAGCAGGGGAUCAAAUACUUUUUUCCCUCACUGUAUGUCAAUUUUAGAAUAUUUACAUUUACAUUGAGGAUAACUUUCAGUGACUUGCAAUGUCUUGAAUGCACUUUAGAUAUAUACGUAGAUACUUCAUGAUGGUUAAGGUUGACCUCUAUGACUAACUGGUUCCGGGGUGAAGUUUCCCCUAGGUACAGAUCUACGAUCAGCUUCCUCUGCCCCAAUCCCAGCCUUAAUCAUAAGUGGGGAAAAUGCUAAACUGACCCAAGAUCCGCGUCUAACUGUGUCAUUUUCUCUACGUCAUCCAGGUGGAGAGCUUGUUCCAGAAGUACCACAAUCGCCGCAGUUCACGCAUUAAGGCGCCAUCGCGCAACACCAUCCAGAAGUUUGUGUCGCGCAUGUCUAACCCCCACACGUCCUGUCCAUCCAGCACCUCCGGCACCUCCAGCAACGAGAGCAGGUAGAAUAGACACACGCACACACGCAUGCACAUGAACAGUCAAAUCGCACACAAUGCACACAGAUACAUACACCAGGUACAGAUGUUGUACUGUAAAAUGUAUUUUACCAGAAGGCCCUUGAAUACGUCCAAGUUGUAUUUUGAUACAAGUUUUGAUAGAUGUUUUAGAUUUUUACAUUAAAAGUCUUUGGAGAGAAAAUGUGUCUAAUUUGUGUCUAAUUUAGCCAGUAUCUGUAUCUUUCCUCUCUUUUACCGUCUCUCUGUCUCUUAAUCUUUCUCUCCCAUCUCUCUCUCUCUCUCUCUCUGUCCCAAUCUCCCAUGUCUUUCUUCAUCCCUCUUUCUUUCCCUUUAUCGAUUUCUCUCUCUCUCUAUCCAUCUUUCCCUCUCUCCCCCCUCUCUGUCAGUAGUCUGAAGGAUGAGGAGGAGCAGAUGUGUCCUAUCUGUCUGUUGGACAUGCUGGACGAGGAGAGUCUGACUGUGUGUGAGGAGGGCUGCAGGAACAAGCUGCACCACCACUGCAUGUCCAUCUGUGAGUACAACUGUACAUUAUCAAAAACAGUGGAAGCUGGUGACUUGACAAAUUGAGGAGGAUGGGAGACCCACGGUAUAGGCGCGGAACGCACAGAGACGACAAAGUGUGUUUCAAAUGAUUUUAACCUAAAACAUUUAAUAAAGACAUUUAUAGUCAGAUAUUAUGGGGUGUUUGAAUGAGAGGGCUACUUACAGGGUUGAGAAGGGAUCACAGCAGUGAUUAAAUGAGGGUAUGAGGCAUGAGUUGGGGUUUUUAGAGGCUUGACUUCAGUGCAGAGGCUUGACUUCAGUGCAGGACAGGGGUUGAGGUGUUCAGAGGCUUCAAUGCAGGACAGGUUCAUCAUGGAGGGAUGGUGUUGGAGAAGAGCUCUUCCUCUUCCACUGAGAGCAGGACAGGAGUUGACUGGAGAAACAAAAAACAACAACACAACACAGUUAAACAGAAUAGCUAAGAAUGAGUUAGUCCAAACAAGGAGUGAAAUCAUUGAUGUGUAUGUGUAAUAAUUAGAUUGUGUUAGUUGCUGGUCUACUAUGGUAUUUAUCCAAACAAGAGAUGGCUACUUACACAGUGUUGGGAAGGGAUCACAGCAGUGAUUGAAUGAGGGGAUGAGGCAUGAGUUGAGGUGUUCAGAGGCUUUUGACUUCAGUGCAGGACAGGGGUUGAGGUAUUCAGAGGCUUCAGUGCAGGACAGGCUCAUUAUGGAUGGAUGGUGUUGGAAAAGAGCUCAACUCUUCCACUGAGGGCAUGACCGGAUUUGACUGAGAAGGCAAAAAACAAUAACACAACACAGCUAGACAAAAUAGCUAAUAAUGAGUUAGUCCAAGUGAGGAUUAAAAUCACAUUGAUUUGUAAUAAUGUGAUUGUGUUUGUGUAUGUGAUUGACUACAUACAGUAAUGAGAGAAAAUUGACAGGGCCACUCACAGUGCUUGGAGAGGAAACAUUCAAUGCGCCAGUGGAUGAGAGGGCACAUGAGACAUGGCUUCAGUUUUUUAAAACAUUUUAGUCAUUUUAGCAGACGCUCUUAUCCAGAGCGACUUACAGUUAGUGUGUGCAUACAUUUUCAUACUGGCCCCCCGUGGGAAAUGAACCCACAACCCUGGCGUUGCAAGCGCCAUGCGCUACCAACUGAGCUACAGGGGGCCUGUUCAUAUCAAAGAGUUGACACUGAUAUUUGAGUGUAGUGGUCAUCCCCUCUUAACCCUUUGACACGUACCAACAAAUGGGUGUGAUCAUUCUAUAGUGGUCCCUGCAGCGUACACUCAAACCGGUGUGAUUAGGACGCUUAUUUAGAAUGUCCAGUUUCGAUUGACGCAACAGUCAGCGUUUGAGCUGGCUACACUGUUUUUUCACAGAAACAUCUUGCACAAACACAGUCCUUACAAAGUUAUGUCCUGAAUGUGACCAGUUUAUUUUUGGAUGCAAUGUUCAGACAUUCACAGAAGUAGCGACAGCAUAACAAAGGUCAUCCAAACCGGAAAAUGUAGGCUACAUUAGUCCUAGCGCUAACUGAGGAAAGAUUGGCGUAACACAAGCGGUCAUAUUUAGCUAACUCUCGGCUGACAGAAACCACAAUAUGAAUUAGCUAAUAGCAAUUAUUAUUUACAAUUCAUCACAUCACGGGUGAGCUCACAAUUACAUUUACAUUUACGUCAUUUAGCAGACGCUCUUAUCCAGAGUGACUUACAAAUUGGUGCAUUCACCUUAUGAUAGCCAGUGGGACAAGCACUUUACAAUUUAUUUAAAUGUUUUAAUUAAAUGUUUAAUUAUUAUUUUAUAUAUUUUGUGGGGGUGGGGUGGGGGGGGGGGGGGGGGGGGGUAGAAGGAUUACUUUUAUACUAUCCCAGGUAUUAUUUAAAGAGGUAGGGUUUCAAGUGUCUCCGGAAGGUGGUCAGUGACUCCGCUGUCCUGGCGUCGUGAGGGAGCUUGUUCCACCAUUGGGGUGCCAGAGCAGCGAACAGUUUUGACUGGGCUGACUGGGCUGAGCGGGAACUGUGAUCGAAACAAUUGAUCGAAAUAAUUGAGUAAAACACUUUCUAAGUAAUCCGAGGAUGGGUAGUUUGUGCGCCCCACUAUGUUUGUUUUUUCACGUCAACCAAAGAUAAUAAGAGGAGACAAGAUGAGUUUGGUCUGUUUGCAGGAUGCAUGUUGAAGGGGGUGUGUCAUCUACAAUCAUUCACUUCCCUUCAUUCACUUCCGGAAGUUUACUCGAAACAUGAGUGAAACAUUCCUUCACCUCAUUAUAACAUCUUUGGUUUGACAGACGUUUACGUGACACCCAGAAUGCAUUGUAUAAUGUCAACAAACAUGGCGCCACACAUAGCUGGCAAAUAGCUUAGCAUUAGCUCAUCAUAAUCAGUGCAACCUUCAAAAAAGUAUUUUACACACAUAGGUGUCCAUUACAAUCCCUGCAAUAAUCGGAAUGCAUUAUUUCAAAUGAAAUAAAAUAAAAUGGUAUUUGCGACAUGCGCCGAAUACAACAGUGAAAUGCUUACUUACAAGCCCUUAACCAACAAUGCAGUUUAAGAAAAAUAAGUGUUAAGUAGAAAAUAGAUUAAUAAAAAAUAAAAAUAAUUAAAGAGCAGCAGUAAAAUAAAAUAACAGUAGCGAGGCUAUAUACAGGGGGUACCGGUACAGAGUCAAUGUGCGGGGGCACAUGUUAGUCGAUGUAAUUGAGGUAAUAUGUACAUGUGGGUAGAGUUAAAGUGGCUAUGCAUAGAUAAUGGUCCUCUGUAGCUCAAUUGGUAGAGCGUGGCGCUUGUAACGCCAGGGUAGUGGGUUCGAUCCCCGGGACCACCCAUACGUAAAAAUGUAUGCACAAAUGACUGUAAGUGGCAUUGGAUAAAAGUGUCUGCUAAAUGGCAUAUUAUAUUAUUAUUAUAAUAUACAGAGAGUAGCAGCAGCGUAAAAGAGGGGGUGGGGUGGGGGGACAAUGCAAAUAGUCAGGGUAGCCAUGAUUAGCUGUUAAGGAGUCUUAUGGCUUGGGAGUAGAAUCUGUUAAGAAGCCUUUUGGACCUAGACGGCACUCCGUUACCGCUUGCCGUGCGGUAGCAGAGAGAACAGUCUAUGACUAGGGUGGCUGGAGUCUUUGACAAUUUUGAGGGCCUUCCUCUGACACCGCCUGGUAUAGCGGUCCUGGAUGGCAGGAAGCUUGGCCCCAGUGAUGUACUGGGCCGUACGCACUACCCUCUGUAGUGCCUUGCGGUCAGAGGCUGAGCAGUUGCCAUACCAGGCAGUGAUGUAACCAGUCAGGAUGCUCUCGAUGGUGCAGCUGUAUAACUUUUUGAGGAUCUGAGGACCCAUGCCAAAUCUUUUCAGCCUCCUGAGGGUGAAUAGGCUUUGUCCUGCCCUCUUCACAACUGUCUUGGUGUGUUUGGACCAUGAUAGUUUGAUGGUGAUGUGGACACCAAUGAACUUGAAGCACUCAACCUGUUCCACUAAAGCCCCGUCGAUGAGAAUGGGGGCAUGCUCAGACCUCUUUUCUGUCCUGUAGUCCACAAUCAUCUCCUUUUUCUUGAUCACGUUGAGGGAGAGGUUGUUAUCCUGGCACCACAUGGCCAGGUCUCUGACCUCCUCAAUUAUAGGCUGUCUCAUCGUUGUCGGUGAUCAGGCUUACCGCUGUUGUGUCAUCGGCAAACUUAAUGACGGUGUUGGAGUCGUGCCUGGCCAUGCAGCCAUGAGUGAACAGGGAGUACAGGAGGGAACUGAGCACACACCCCUGAGGGGCCCCCGUGUUGAGUAUCAGCGUGGCCGAUGUGUUGUUACCUACCCUUACCACCUGGGGGCGGCCCGUCAGGAAGUCCAGGAUCCAGUUGCAGAGGGAGGUGUUUCGUCCAGGGUCCUUAGCUUAGUGAUGAGUUUUGAGGGCAUUAUGGUGUUGAACGCUGAGCUGUAGUCAAUGAAUAGCAUUCUCACGUAGGUGUUCCUCUUGUCCAGGUGGGAAAGGGCAGUGUGGAGUGCAAUAGAGAUUGCAUCAUCUGUGGAUCUGUUGGGGUGGUAUGCAAAUUGGAGUGGGUCUAGGGUUUCUGGGAUAAUGGUAUUGAUGUGAGCCAUGACCAGCCUUUCAAAGCACUUCAUGGCUACAGACGUGAGUGCUAUGGGUCGGUAGUCAUUUAGGCAGGUUAUCUUAGUUUUCUUGGGCACAGGGACUAUGGUGGUCUGCUUGAAACAUGUAGGUAUUACAGACUCAGUCAGGGACAUGAUGAAAAUGUCAGUGAAGGCACUUGCCAUUUGGUCAGCGCAUGCUCGGUGUACGCGUCCUGGUAAUCCGUCUGGCCCUGCGGCCUUGUGAAUGUUGACUUGCUUAAAAGUCUUACUCACAUCGGCUACGGAGAGCGUGAUCACAUAGUCAUCCAGAACAGCUGAUGCUCUUAUGCAUGCUUCAGUGUUGCUUGCCUCGAAGCGAGCAUAGAAGUGAUUUAGCUCGUCUGGUAGGCUCGUGUCACUGGGCAGCUCGCGGCUGUGCUUCCCUUUGUAGUCUGUAAUAGUUUGCAAGCCCUGCCACAUCCGACGAGCGUCAGAGACGGUGUAGUACGAUUCAAUCUUAGUCCUGUAUUGACUCUUUGAUGGUUCGUCUGAGGGCAUAGCUGGAUUUCUUAUAAGCGUCCGGGUUAGAGUCCCGUUCCUUGAAAGCGGCAGCUCUACCCUUUAGCUCAGUGAGGACGUUGCCUGUAAUCCAUGGCUUCUGGUUGGGGUAUGUACGUACGGUCACUGUGGGGACGACGUCAUCGAUGCACUUAUUGAUGUGACUGAUGUUGUGUACUCCUCAAUGCCAUCGGAAGAAUCCCGGAACAUAUUAUAGUCUGUGCUAGCAAAACAGUCCUGUAGCUUAGCAUCAUACAUAAAUACAGUGGGGAGAACAAGUAUUUGAUACACUGCCGAUUUUGCAGGUUUUCCUACUUACAAAGCAUGUAGAGGUCUGUAAUUUUUAUCAUAGGUACACUUCAACUGUGAGAGAUGGAAUCUAAAACAAAAAUCCAGAAAAUCACAUUGUAUGAUUUUUAAGUAAUUCAUUUUGCAUGACAUAAGUAUUUGAUACAUCAGAAAAGCAGAACUUAAUAUUUGGUACAGAAACCUUUGUUUGCAAUUACAGAGAUCAUACAUUUCCUGUAGGUCUUGACCAGGUUUGCACACACUGCAGCAGGGAUUUUGGCCCACUCCUCCAUACAGACCUUCUCCAGAUCCUUCAGGUUUCGGGGCUGUCGCUGGGCAAUACGGACUUUCAGCUCCCUCCAAAGAUUUUCUAUUGGGUUCAGGUCUGGAGACUGGCCCCUGUAUUGUCUUCGCUGAGUGCUUAGGGUCGUUGUCCUGUUGGAAGGUGAAUCUUCACCCCAGUCUGAGGUCCUGAGCGCUCUGGAGCAGGUUUUCAUCAAGGAUCUCUCUGUCCAUCUUUCUCUCGAUCCUGACUAGUCUCCCAGUCCCUGACGCUGAAAAACAUCCCCAAAGCAUGAUGCUACCACCACCAUGGUUCACCAUAGGGGUGGUGCCAGGUUUCCUCCAGACGUGACUUUUGGCGUUCAGGCCAAAGACUUCAAUGUUGGUUUCAUCAGACCAAAGAAUCUUGUUUCUCAAUACCCCAUCAUUAAAAAUAAAAAACUGGUGGCAUUAUCAUGCUGUGGGGAUGUUUUUCAACAGCAGGGACUGGGAUACUAGUCAGGACAAUGACCCUAAGCACACAGCCGAUACAACGCAAUAGUGGCUCCAGGACAAGUCUCUGAAUGUCUUUGAGUGGCCCAACCAGAGCCUGGACUUGAACCCGAUCGAACAUCUUUGGAGCGACCUGAAAAUAGCUGUGCAGCGACGCUCCCCAUCCAACCUGACAGAGCUUGAGAGGAUCUGCAGAGAAGAAUGGGAGAAACUCCCCAAAUGCUUGUAGCGUCAUACCCAAGAAGACUCGAGGCAGUAAUCGUUGUCAAUGGUUCUUCAACAAAGUACUGAGUAAAGGCUCUGAAUACUUAUGUAAAUGUUAUAUUAACGUUUUUUUUUCUAAAAACUUGUGUUUGCUUUGUCAUUAUGGGUAUUGUGUAUAGAUUGAUAAUUGGAAAAAAACAGUUUAAUCCAUUUUAGAAUAAGGCUGUAACGUAACAAAAUGUGGAAAAAGUCAAGGGGUCUGAAUACUUUCCCAAUGCACUGUACAUAUGCUACAGUAGAAACGACAACACGAUAUACAGAAAAUAAGGCACUUACUUUGAUAGGAACGCACACAUGUCCGAAGUUAUUAUUUGUAAGUAAAACAAAUGUCUGCAUACUUGAUCUGUGGUAAUAGUGGGGAAGUGCUUGGGCUCUCCUCGAGAGAAGUUUGUCCGGCUUAGUAAAGCCUCAAACAUAAAUUGUCCGCAACAGUGAAAUGGGCUACUUCUAUGUGAAUUAAUGAGGAGGCGGAACACACCUCAAUUCAAACUGUUGUUAGAAAAUAAUAAUAAUAAUUAGAAAUUGACUAUUUAUUAUUCAAAUAAUUAGAAAUUGACUAUUUGAAACAUAGCCUAUAGUUAAUUAGCAGGCAGUGCGGGUUAACUGUCCUGUUGCGUAACAAUCACAUUUUGGAACAGUGAGUGCAUUCUGACAUCACGUGCAUAAAACAACUCACACUGGCGCGACCGCUAGAGAUAUAUGGAACUCACGCGUGAAAAGGUUAAUCAGGGAACAGGACAGGACUUAGCUGCAAAUACAAAUAGCAGAUACAUUCCAUUACAGAAGCGCCAUCAAAGGUUUGGGCAACAAGUUUCUCUAUGAAGUUAAUCUCAGACAUCCCAGAAUUCACAAAGUCAAACACAGACUGCACAUCUCGCCCACUUGACACAUCAAAGUAGGUUUCAUUCUUUUGCCCUGCAUCAACCUCUCUUUUAAUCUCACUUUUAAUGAAUGAUGCGGUGGAAGCUAUCAAAUCAUUCUGAAUUGAUUUCGAUAUCCCAGAGAAGACAGUAGAAACUUCCUUAUGCUCAGCAAGUAAAGCACUGUAUCGUGCAAUUACCUCUGCAAGCUCCUUGUAGUUUCCCUUGUUUCCCUAGAUCUUUCCCUCUCAUUGUGCCCCUGAUAGGUCCGAUUUGAUAGCAAGGGGUUAACCUCUGAACGUUAUUUCUACUAUACAGUCCACGAGAGGGUUGGAUGGAUAUAAGUGGCGGGCGUUCGAGCUUUGGUGCCAAAAUAAAGGAAUUGUUCAUUUUCAGAGCUCUCGAGCAGGGCCGUUCAUUCUCCACCUUGAAGGUGUAUAUGGCAGCUAUUUCAGCGUGUCAUGUGGGAAUUGAUGAUGCCACUCCAGGGGCUCAUCCUCUGGCGUGCGGUUUUUAAAAGGUGUGUGACCUGUUUCUAAACCUAUCGUGCCCACUUGGGAUUUGGCUUUGGUUUUGGAUGGGCUGUGUGAGGCCCCCUUUGAACCGAUGUAGUCUGUGGAUCUGAAGAUCCUCUCCUACAAGACCGCUGUGCUCGUGGCUUUGGCCUCUGCUAAACACAUUGGAGAUCUCCACGCGUUAUCCUUUCACCCCUCCUGUAUGAAGUUCAACCUUGGGGACUCUAAGAUGUUGUGCGUCCUAAUGCAACCUUCGCCCCUAAGGUCAUGAUUAUGUCCUACAGGUCUCUAGCUUUUGAGCUUUUUCCCUUUUUGCCUCCGCUGUUUGCUUCUGAGUAGCAGCGGUUACAUGCCCUCUGUCCGGUACGAGCGUUACACAUGUACAUUGAGCGGACCAGGGGUGUAUGUUUGUGUGACAAACUUUUUGUCUGUUUUGCUAAUCCAGCUCGUCGUGGAGUGCUUUCCAAGCAGCGUCUCUCCCACUGGAUUGUGGAGGCUAUUGCUCUGGCAUAUGACAGCAGAAGGCAGGAAUUACCUAACGUUGUACGCGCCCACUCCACCAGGGGUCUGGCGGCGUCUUACAUUUACAUUUUAGUCAUUUAGCAGACGCUCUUAUCCAGAGCGACUUACAGUUAGUGAGUGCAUACAUCAUAAAAACAUUUUUUAUACUGGCCCCCCGUGGGAAUCGAACCCACAACCCUGGCGUUGCAAACGCCAUGCUCUACCAACUGAGCUACAUCCCUGCCGGCCAUUCCCUCCCCUACCCUGGACGACGCUGGGCCAAUUGUGCGCCGCCCCAUGGGUCUCCCGGUCGCGGCUGGCUACGACAGAGCCUGGGCGUUGUUUAAAGGGUUACCUAUAGGAGAUAUUUGUUCUGCGGCGAGUUGGGCAUCACCACACACUUUUGUGAGGUUUUAUCGCUUGGAUGUCACUGCCCCCAGUGUAGCACACAGUGUGCUUACGGCUGGGGCAGGAGUGGGACAUUAGACAGCAUGCAGAUUGCGCAAUACCUGGGUGCCGCAGGUUUUCCUGUCGGGUUGGAACUCUUGGUGGUCUGCCGUAGGCCAUUUCAUUCAGUGUCCGCUGGGGUCGGCUUGGGGCGUGAUUUCAUAUCCCCAUAGCUGUGUUGUACCGAGUUGACUGACUGAAAGCUGAACGUACAGUUAUGACUAUAACUACUGUUCACUGAAGUAGGGAAACGAGGUACAACACCUGUUUCGGCCCCACGCCGCCCAGUUCUGGGCAUGGUGAAGAGCGGUACUGAUUUGAAGGAAUUAAUAUGUGCCUCGGGUUUAUCAUCUGUGGAAGGCGGGGCUUCCAGUGAGACACGGUGUUCAUUGGCCUUGUCAGGUAUGAUUCUAAUGUCCUUCAGUAGAGGGCACUAGCGUGCAAACUCCCCAUACCUGUGUUGAUACCUCGUAUCCCUCCUUCAGGUUAAACAGUGCCUAGGGCGUUCACCUUACACACACACAUAUGCAAUGCACCACUCCAGUUACUCCUGUCCCAUUUCUCCCUACACACACACACACAGCCAACGCUAUAUAGCCCCCUCGAUAGAAGUCUGAUAUGUUCGUGCCAAGGCCCUGGCCCUUCUCUUCUCUCUAUAAACUCCAGUCUAAUUGCUGCUCCAUUUUAUCGGAGCCUUGACUUCCUUGACAGCCAGUCGUUGCAUUGUCUCCUAUCUAAACUGGGGGUAUAGCUAAUUCUGUCUGUCUCUCUGUCUGUCACUCUGUCCGUCUCUGUCUGUCUGUGUCUGUCUGUCUCGCAGGGGCUGAGGAAUGCCGGCGGAACCACGAGACGCUCAUUUGCCCCCUCUGUAGAGCCAAGUGGAAGUCCCAUGAUUUUUACAGGUAAUUUUAACUAGGAUCUAGGAACUCCUGGAAAUACUCCUGGAAUGGGGGGUGGAUUCGGCAGCCCACCAGCUGGUAUCUGGUAUUGUUGUGUGAAAGACGGGGGAAGCGGCUUCACUAUGUUUGUGUCUGGGAGGAAAGGAAACACCUGCCUCAGUCUGAGACGACAGAACAGCUGUGCAGUUUUGCAAAUCUCAUGCGAGCUCAAUGCGAGUUAUGGUUAUGGCUAACUUACAGUUAGCAAACUAUUAAAUGGUUUAUAAGAUGUUUAUACUGUAUGCUCACAAAGUGUUAGUGAUUUAGACUAGAGCAUAUUGUGUGGAAAUCCACUCAAACCUGUGAUGGAUUUAUUGUAGGCUACAUCAAUGGCACACAGUAGCCUAGAGACAGGAAAGAGCCUUGAGUGUUUAGCGGUGAGAUAAGCUAUGUUAGACUUCAGAUGGCUAACAGUGUGCCAUUACAUUAGCAUUUUAGCGUUGCGCUAGGCUAUAUUAGGCUAGACCAUACAUGGCUAACAGUGUGGCAAAGCUAUACAUUAGCAUGUUAGCGGUGCGCUAGGCUAUAGUAGCCUAGGCCACACUGGGCUAACGGUGUGUCAUAGCCAAUAACAUUAGCAUGUUAGAAGAGUGCUAGGCUAUAUCAUGCUAGGCCACACAGGGCUUAGCGAACAGUGUGCCAUAGCCAUUCAAGUUUCAAGUUUUAAUGUCACGUGCACAAGUACAGUGAAAUCCCUUUCUUGCAAGCUCUAAACCCAACAAUGCAAUAAUCUAUAACAAUGUAAGACUAAAAAUAACAUAAGGUAAAACAUGCGAUCGAGGGUGGUGCUAUUGCCAUACCAAGCGGUGAUGCAGCCAGUCAAGAUGCUCACAAUGGUACAGCUGUAUAACUUUUUGAGGAUUUGCGGGCCCAUGCCAAACCUUUUCAAUCACCUGAGGGGGAAGAGGCGCUGUCGCGCCUUCUUCAUGACUGAGCUCUCGACCCGCUCCACUGCAGCCCCGUCGAUGGUGGGGCUGCAGUGGAGGGGCUGCAGUGGAGCGGGUUGAGAGCUCAGUCGUUUCUUGUAGUCCACAAUCAGCUCCUUGGUCUUACUGACGUUGAGGGAGAGGUUGUUGUUCCUGCACCACACUUCCAGGUCACCUGACCUCCUCCUUGUAGGCUGUCUCAUCGUCGCCUGUGAUCAGGCCUACCACCGUCGUGUCGUCAGCAAACUUGAUGAUGGUGUUGGAGUCGUGCGUGGCCACGCAGUCGUGGGUGAACAGGGAGUACAGGAGGGGACUGAAAGGGUCUACAGACAAUACGCAAACAGGGCUGACGUAGCGUAGUGCAGUGUUGCAAUGUCGUUUUUCGUCACAACAGUUGUGGCUCCUUGUAAUACGCUCCGUCAUUUGACACAGUUUUUUUCGACCUGGAAAUUGAGACCUGACGUAUCGUUCCUUACGAAGACUGAGGGGCAGUACUAAGUGAGUUUUGCAAUGGAAGUCCCGCCCCUGUGUCUACAUCACAUAUUUUCCAGUAUCCCUUCUGGUAUGAACACAGAAGAGAUGGAUGUUCUGCUACUUCGCCUCUACUACUUGCAAGUUUCCUUUUUUGUGCUUUUUAUUUCGAGAUUUGCUAAGAGCAAUUAUGUCUGUCCAGUUUUGAGAAGCGUCUGUGUGAGCUGGUGAGACAAUACGAGAACCUUAACAACCCUUCGAUGCGGUUGUAUUCGGACGAGCAAGCAAAAGACAGCAGCUGGAGGGAGAUAUCACGAAAUUUGAACACCGAUACUGAUAUCAAAGAAACAUUGAGAAAGAUUCGGGACCGGUAUGUUCGCAAUCUGAAAAGGGUGAAGGAGUCGAGGAGUGGGGCUGCCGCUGGUGUGUGUCCCACCGAUUGUCAGACAACUGGAUUGGCUUGAUGUUCACGUGAAACAUCGUCAGACAGACACCAAUAUGCCAGAUAUGGUAUGUACUCGUCAUGCAGCCAAGUCCUUUUGUACAGUGUGUGUGUUUGUGAUCUUAUCUUUAGUAGACCUAGUUAGAACAUGUGAAAUCAGCUCUUUUCUGGAUGGGAGAAAUUGUGAGUGGAAAAUAUUCAGUGCCUGUGUUGUUAUCAUAAUGAUUAGCAGGGCUAGUUCAAACAUCUGACACACAUGCACUGUAGUGUGUUUGUGUGUGUGUAUGUGCUAAUUAGAUUGAGAUGUUUAUGAAAUAAGUUAUUUUGGGUAAAUGUUUUAACUCAAAAGGAUCCCAUGGAGAUGUUUUAAGAUUGCUUGCAUUGUAUUAUAAUGUAUUCGCCAUCUGCUUGUAGGUGUUGGAGGGGGGUGGUGUUUUGGACAGUCUAGAGACAGAGCUGAGCCCUUAGGGCCACUCUACAGGUGGUUCAUCGCCCCUUGAUUCAUCAUCUCCCCGACCUGGUUCAUCACCUAUCAGGCCCCUCUCCCCAACGCCCAGGCCCUUCUCACCAACACCCAUCCCACCGUCCAGGCGCGCUCAAACCGAUCUCCCCGACCUCCAGCUCCAAUGGCCGGAAAAGGAAGAUGCUUAGGAUCCUUUGGACACUGUCAUUAUGCAGCAGGUGGAUGAGUUAAAGGAACGGCAGCAGGAGUUACAGAAACAGCAGCAGUGUCCAGCAAAGUCUGUCUACGAUGUCAUGGUACCAUGGAUUGUGUCUAUUCCUGCUGACCAACGUCUCCCGUUUGUCUCACCCCAAAAAAUUGUUGCUGUGUGCUUUUUUUUCUUAUUCAUAUGCUAGGGUAGUGGGUCAUUUAUUUGUUGUGCAGUUUUUUCUUUCUUCCUCAUUCACGUUACUGGUGUUUACUUUGUGUUUUUUCUCUUAUUUCCCCUUUCAUCACACUUUUCAUCUGUGUAUUACAUUGUUUUACAUUAUUUUACAUUUCCUCUUGUGAUGGUAAAUAAAUAUCUAAAAGGUCUGCAAAUGUAUUUAUCUAGUUAUUUUUACUUGUGGCAGAAAAUAUUACUGUUUUGAAUCAGUCACUCAGUAAACUUGUACUGCUUUGUACAUCUAGAUGAGGUUAAUGUCUUGUGGGUCUGCCCUUAUUGUCUACAGCGGGCCCCUGUGUUGAGGAUUAGCUAAGUGGAGGUGUUUGCCACCUGGGGGCAGCCCGUCAGGAAGUCCAGGACCCAGUUGCACAGGGCGGGGUUCAGACCCAGGGCCCCAAGCUUAAUGAUGAGCUUGGAGGGUACUAUGGUGUUCAAAAGUACUUCAUCAUAGCGGAUACAUUUCUUGAAAAUAAAGUAACAAAUAAAUGACAAAAGAAUCACAAAAUAGCAAAGUUGGGUCAGAGCUUGGGUCAGAGCUUGUAAAACAUUGGCCAUCCAGUGAAGGCUAAUAGAAGCCAACAACUGAGCCCAGGGUAGGAGUUCAGGAAUCAGGCCCCAAAUUAGACCCCCCCCACACACCACCAUUAGAGACCUCUUAGCUCUCAAUCCUUACAGCCAAGGGAUGAAAGACACGACACCUAAACAACCACGGGGGGCCAGUAUGAAAAAUGUAUGCACUCACUAAUUGUAAGUUGCUCUGGAUAAGAGUUUCUGCUAAAUGACUAAAAUGUCAAUUGGAUCACUCAAAAUAUGUAGCCAGACACUGUAAAACAUUAUAGAAUUAACUAAGAACGAUAGACAUUUCAAUGUAUUAAUGCCCUGUUCUACACAAUAUAUGUAUAUCUGAAUGCUCUACUACUGUAUAAUAUUGCACUGAAUGAGCUCAUGUCCUACCAUAAGUACAUGUAUGUAUGCUAACUACACUAGCCUCAAGAAUCUAUUUGAACUUUAAGUACCACAGGGUAAAGUAGAAUGCUCAGCAGGGUGUACCCAGGGCCUAUGCUGGCGCCCUGGCUCUCUGUGUGAGUGUGUGUGUGUUUAUGCGCGUUUAUGCGUGAGCCUACGUUUGUGUGUGCUCGUAGGUUUGUCGUGAACUGGAUCCUCUCCACGGCGCGGUUAGGUGAGCUAGACAGCGAGGCACCAGCCCUUGUUUUGUGCGUCUGCCUGGGAAUGAAAUGAUAGAAGCCCAUUUCUUGUUGUUUUCCCCCCUCAAGACAUGAAUACAGUCAGAAAGGGUCUGUGUUACCCUCUUCGCCACCUCCCUGCUCUGAAACUGUACCCGGUUGUUUUUCGCAGAGACAUUUCGAACCGCAAUUAUGAUAAUGACCCUUGUGCCAGUCCAACAGGAAGUUUCGAAAGAUGGGAUUAGGAUUUUUUCACCGGUUUGAUGCCUGCUGUCUUCAGAAAAGGGAAUUUUUCCCACCCUCUCCCUUGACAAAUUCCCCCCAUUUCAUCCUGUUUGGAAAACUAUAUUCCUGACCAUGCCUAUAUCAGCAUAUUCUUGACCAAGGCUGAUUGUAAUAUCAGUUGCUCAAAACAUGAAACUGCUAAUGCUGAAAUGUACAAUUCAAACCUUGAGUCUACUGCCACCAUUUUAAAAAGUCCCCCAAAUGUCGCUAAAACAUCACUGACUGACUUUGGCAUCUUUCUCGGCAGCCAUGACCCCUCCUCUGUCUCCAUUGAGAACGCGGCGGCGGUGGGUCAUCCCCAGGCGUCAUCAUCGUCCCACAGCGAGGGGGACUCCAGAGGGGGGUCAUCUUCCCAGGAUGGAGACUUCACCCAGCCCCAAUUCGGGGUCCAGCAGAUCCCCCAGACCUACAAAGAACUGGCCGAGCCCUGGAUCAAGGUGAGAGGGGUGGAAAGAUAGAUGUGGGGUCUAAUAAUGUGUACCAGACCUGGAUCAAAUACAUAUGUACAAUACUUUAAAAUACUUGAUUUACCUUUUGAGCUUGUAUUUUGGGACUGUUCCAUUCUAUUUUGGGACUAUUCCAUUCUAUUUUGGGACUGUUCCACUGCACUAGGCAAACCAAACCAAAUGUCUUCAUGCCUUUGCAUACCAAGAGGGUUUACAUGUAGUUGAUGUCUGUAUCAGAUCAGUGCCAUAUUCCGUUCGUAGUUAUCAUUUUGUGUGUCCUCCUCUCCAGGUGUUUGGCAUGGAGUUGGUGGGCUGCCUGUUCUCCAGGAACUGGAACAUCCGGGAGAUGGCCCUGCGGCGACUGUUGCAUGACGUCAGCGGCGCGCUCCUCCUGGCCAAUGGCGAGCACUCCUGCCCGGGGGCCGGGCUGGGGGCCGGGGCGGGCUGUACAGAGGUGUCGGGUGAUGUGGUGUUGGAGUCAUGCUGUAGCGUCCUCUCUAUGGUGUGUGCCGACCCUGUCUACAAGAUCUACGUGGCCGCACUGGUGAGACUCUUUUUAAUAUUACUGUACCCACAGAGAUCCUACGAAAUUAAGAAUGAAGUUUUACUAUAUAAUUAUGUAACUGUACCGUACUCCAGAAGUCAGGGAAAGCAUUUUGGACCCCUUAAAGUCUUAGAUCCCAUUCAGAAACAACCCCUAGCCCAGGGUUUCCCAAAUGUUUAUCUUUAUUAGGAUCCCCAUUAGCUGAUGCCAUGAUGACAGCUAAUCUUGGGGUUGGGACCCCAUGUAUUAAAUGAGAGAUUAUCUAACUAACCUCUGUAAUUUGAUCAAAGGAAAUAAUUGGAUAUGUCUAAGAAAUAUGGUUGUAGAUCCAUCUAGUGGUUGUUUCUGGACUGGGCCUUUUGAUAUUCACACGUGUUCCUUAUACUGCACUUCACUAAAGUGAGAGGCCCAUAUAUUGAAUAUAUCUUCACUCUCAAAGAUAUGGUCAACAACCUCAAUAGGAAUGCAUUUCCAGGAAUCACCAUCACUUCAAAGAUAAAUGAUACACUGUACUGUACAGUGAUUGCAAUGCAUAGAUGGUCAAGUAACUUCAGUUCAUUGCCAAUCACCCCAGAGUGAUGAACACAAGAAAAGUAUUGUUAUCGGUACUCUGGAAUUGAUUAGUUAGCACUACCAGAUCUCCGCUUUCACCCUUCUCCCUCCCACCCAACAUUGAUGAACGUUAUCUCUUAAAUUGUGCUGAAGUUCACUUCAACAACAAGCUAGUCUGGCUAGCUCUAAAGUCCACUGAACAUCCAGGAAGUCUCAACAGAGUCAAACCAGGGACAGACUAAACAAGGUCUUUCUCACUAUUUCUUUUACAUGAUCUCUUUGAACAAUAGUUUUGUAUUUAAUUUUUUUCAUUAGUCAUUUAGCAAUCAUUCUUACCUAGAGCGACUUACAGUAGUAAGUGUAUACAUUUUUCAUACUUUUUUUUACUGGUCUCCUGUGGGAGUCGAACACACAAUCUGGCAUUGCAAGCGCCAUGCUCUACCAACUGAGCCACAUGGGAUCCUAGUUCUUGGUGCGUGUUUUAAAAAAUGCAGGCCGUCUGGAAGAUCGACAUUUCCCCGCAGCACUUUGCUUCAGCAGAGCAGCAGUUAUGGAAAACAAAAAAAGUUCUGUCCUCUCGGGGGGCUUUCCAGGGUGUUUAGUAGCAGACAGACUUUGGUGUUUGCUGUAUUCUUCAAUCAAGACCAAGAAGGGGAUGGUGGUGAUGGCGGGUGGACAAAGAAUACCACAGGCACCACCAUAUUUGGAGGAGUGGGCCAGAUCGACUUAAAUCGUCGCUUUGAAAAUGCUCUAUUUUGUUCCAGGUUAAAGACCGCGCUCGCAUCGCGGGGCAAAGUCGUUAGCUUGUAGCAAGUGAAAACGCCAGAGCCAACAUUUCAAGAACUUUGAGAAGUUGGGGCUCCUGUUUUAUUACCUUUUCAUACCAUGUGAGGUGGCCUUCCCUAUUGGAAGUUUGUUUGUUUUGCCGAAACGCUUGUUUAUUGAUAUGAUCUGUCUCCUAAGAGUGGAGUAGACUGGGGAACAUGGAGUAACGGGGGUUGAGAGGGAGAGAUAGUGUGUGCGAGUGUGAAAGAGCGAGUGGGACAAAAUAGUUAUAGUGAGGGAAGCGUGAUGGGAGGAAAGACUAACCUUGCCUGCCUGGCAGAGGGAGAGUGAGAAAGAACUUUGAAUCUGUCUCUGGACAGCGUUCCAUUGCAACGCUCUAUCAGUCACCACUCCCCACGCCUCCUCUCUCUCUGGGAGUCAGGCUGCAUCGCCUGGACCCCAGCACCUCCACCCCUCUCCUGGGGCGGAGCACCACCAAGUCUCCACCUCCUGCCGAGGCCACAGAGGCCUCACUAAUGGCCUUGAGGUCAGGCCCAGGCAGCCAUAUUGUCACAGGAAUAGACAGAGUCAUAACUCGGCGGGGUCAAAAGUGCAAUUCCUCCCAGUCUGGGGGAGAGGUGGAGGUGCGCCACAGGGAUGAGCAUUGUGCCCAGUGAUAUUUUGUGACUUCGAAGUUUUGAUCUUGUAGUCUUGAGCUCACAGCCUUGGUGGGUGCUUAUUUUGUUCUAUUUCACACAUGUACAAGUGUGUAUUAUACACGUGUGAAUUGGCAAUGUUUUUUUUGCAUAUCCCAACUCUCCCUGAGACACCCUCGGAGAGUGGGGUCACGGCCAGGGUCUGCCAUUAUCAACGGCGACCCUGGAGCAAUUAGGAAAAAAGGAGGAAAAUUAAAAGUCCACUGUUCGAAUCCCGUCUCGGCCAGAAUUAACAUUUCUAAACAACCACUAUAGUCUCCAAAAGUGUUGUUUUUCACAUUUGUGAAUUUAAGAUCGCCUAAGUUAAUGGAACGAUUAUGGUUGUUCUAAUGAGGUUGGUUUAUUACUGUACUAUACUCCCGUUACGUUGUUUAUGCAAUUAGUAUCUUCAAUUAUCAGUUAACCAGUAAAGUCCCACCGCCGAUCCACAGUGUUACGUUAGGGCGCUCCAAGAGGUCUUGUGUUUCUCAUUGACUCUGCUAAACGCCCAGGGAUUUGUUUUCUCUCCGUCUCGUGUUUUCCAGUAACUUUAACUUUUACGGUAAUUUUAUUUUCAUGACAGUCUUCAUCAAUAACCGUCGGUUACACAGAUAAUUGUGCCAGCCCUAUUUAGGCCUAGACUUUUUUUGCUUGAUAUAAAGCGUUCUAAACUCAUACUUGAUAGUAAGUUCUCAGCCAUUGGUUUGCCAGCUAAUAUUUUGUGAUGAAGCUUUACACUAUAUAUCACCAUACUUAUCUCUUUUUUAUCUUUAUUUUAAUUUUACUGGACACACAGUAACAAUAUCGGUGCUAUAUGUUUAAGUUGUAGAUGUGAACCCUGGUCUCUUGUCCCCUUCCUGUAGAAAACCUUGCGGGCCAUGCUGGUGUACACGCCCUGCCACUCGGUGUCUGAACGCUCACGGCUGCAGCAGCUGCUCCGGCCCGUGGUGGAGACUAUCCUGGUCAAAUGUGCAGAUGCCAACAGGUAAAGUCUGUCUCAAACAAACGAGUGGGAUAGAUAUGAGAGCCUGUCAGUGGUUCACCGCAACUGCUAGUAGCUAGUGCCCUCUGGUGGGCAAUACAAAACAUGACAUGCACUUGUUUGAACUCACCACACUGAUCAUACUGGAUGAUAUACUGUAUAUCUGAGGUAUUCAAAUCUAAGCCUGGAGGUGCAGAGCACUGCUUCUUUUCUGUUCUACCUUAUAAUUAAUUGCACCCACCUGGUGUCCCAGCUCUAAAUCAAUCCUUGUUUAGAGUGGACAAAUGAAAAUCAGCAGUGGAACUGGCUUUGAGGUCCAGAUUUGAAUUAGCCUGAUACACUGUAGAUCUUCAAGAACUGACUCAAACAUGGCCACCUUUUCUUGUAAUAUAAUACUGUAUUCAUUAGGUUGAUAGUACAUGAAUAAACAGAUUAUAUUCCCCAUGUCUCAUUUCAAUAUGUCUCAAUUGCACAAUGUAUAAUCUUGGUUAACCCAGAACUACAAUCUCGCUGGUCUGAUAUAUUUACGUAGUCUGUCCACGAGAGAUUACAAACUGUAGAAAAAGUAUGAUUUCAAAAUUAAUUAAAAGCAUUAGCAGUCUAGCAUGGACAUAAAUACAUUUUGAGUGUUGUUUCUCUGUGUCAUGUCCAGUCGUACCAGCCAGCUGUCAGUGUCAACACUACUGGAGCUGUGUAAAGCCCAGGUGGGAGAGCUGGCCGUGGGCAGAGAGCUCCUCAAAGCAGGUAAGAACUACAAAUCCCAUUUAUCCCUGCUGGGAGCUCAGCGGAAAUGUGAAAAGCUCUCCCCAUAUCACUCAAAUUGAUGUAUGUGACUGUCACUCAUGUCUUAACAACAGUUUACAAAUAAAAAAACGAUCCAACUGACUACUCACUAUAAACGUCUCUCCCUCUCUCCCAGGGGCCAUCGGUAUUGGCGGGGUGGAUUAUGUCCUGAACUGCCUCCUGGGGCCCCAGACGGAGGCCAAUAACUGGCAGGCCCUGCUGGGCCGUCUUUGUCUGAUUGACAGGCUCCUGCUGGAGUUCCCCGCCGAGUUCUACCCCCACAUAGUUUCCGGAGGGGACUGCCACCAGUCUCAGACCCUGGCGGAGAGGUCCGUGAUUUUAUAGUCAUAUCAUAUAGCCUUGAGCGCACAGCUGUGAGUUGGUGACCUUGUCCUUGUAUAGCUUUGGUCACCUAGCUGCUGACUAGAGUCUCCGACUCUGUGGGAGAGGUGGUGGUGCGCCACAGGGAAGAGCAUUGUGCCCAGUGAUAUUUUGUGACUUUGAAGUUUUGAUCUUGUAGUCAUGUAGCCUUGAGCUCACAGCCUUGAGUUGGUGACCUUGUAAUAAUAAUUAUGGGUGCUUAUAUUUGUUCUAUUUCAUACAUGUACAAGUGUGUAUUUUACACGUGUGAAAUGGAAAUGUUUUGUUUUUUUGCAUAUCCCAAAUCUCCCUGAGACACCCUCGGAGAGUGGGGUCACGGCCAGGGUCUGCCAUUAUCAACGGCGACCCUGGAGCAAUUAGGAAAAAAUAAGGAAAAUUAAUGGUCCACAGUUCGAAUCCCGUCUCGGCCAGAAUUAACAUUUCUAAACAACCACUAUAGUCUCCAAAAGUGUUGUUUUUCACAUUGGUGAAUUUAAGAUCGCCUAAGUUAAUGGAACAAUUAUGGUAGAAUAAUCAUAACAUAUAGAAGUGUUGUUCUAAUGAGGUUAGUUUAUUACUGUACUAUACUCCUGUUACGUUGUUUAUGCAAUUAGUAUCUUACAUUAUCAGUUAUCUGUUGCGGUUUCUUGUGGACUGCAUAUAAUUAUAAAUAUACAAUUUCAAAGAUUUUACUGAGUUACAGUUCAUAAAAGGAAAUCAGUCAAUUGAAAUAAAUAAAUUAGUCCCGAAACUAUGGAUUUCACAUGACUGGGAAUACAGAUAUGCAUCUGUUGGUCACAGAUACCUUUAAAAAAAGGUAGGGGUGUGGAUCAGAAAACCAGUCAGUAUCUGGUGUGACCACCAUUUGCCUCAUGCAGCGCGACACAUCUCCUUCGCAUAGAGUUGAUCAGGCUGUUGAUUGUGGCCUGUGGAAUAUUGUCCCAGUCCUCUUCAAUGGCUGUGCGAAGUUGCUGGAUAUUGACGGGAACUGGGUCACGCUGUUGUACACAUCGAUCCAGAGCAUUCCAAACAUGCUCAAUGGGUGACAUGUCUGGUGAGUAUACAGGCCAUGGAAGAACUGGGACAUUUUCAGCUUCCAGGAAUUGUGUACAAAUCCUUGCGACAUGAGGCUGUGCAAAGGGCUGUGGUGGUCAUUUUGUCAGCCAGUUAUUGUCAUGCAAAAGUCUGCUGGUCUUAUGGUAAUUGACCGUUAAUUAACUUUAACAGGUUUAGCAUAUCCAGGCCUCUAGGCAUACAAGCCGCUGAUGCGUGCCUUUUGAACGUCUACAUUUAAAAAAGUAUAAUAAAUCAAUUUAAUAUACACCAUCACAAUAAACCCAUAAUUUAUUUUUUGUCAGAUCUAAAGAAACAUUAUGAUAUGAAGAGAAUGUAUUUCCAAAUAACAGAAUAUGUGUUGGCCUACUGUAGACCUAUGUUAUCUGGCUAUGCUCCAUGCCAAAGGCUGUAGGCUUGUUCAUUUAGCUGACAAGAUAUGCUUAUAAGUCCCAUGCCAUUAUUUUAUUUUAUCUGAUUUUAUAAUAAGAAGAAUAUAAUUGAACUUAGCUUAAUAAAAUAUACAUAAUAUUUUUCCCAUUACAGAGCGAGUGCGCAUAUGAAGUGGCUAUGUUGAGCGUACAAGUGAUCAUUUGAAACAGGUCCUAUAUGCUAGAUUUAGAGUUAUUUGGCAACUUUAGUUGUGAAUGAUACAAACCUUAGAAUGUCUUAGAAAUCAAAACAUACAGUGGGGGAAAAAAGUAUUUAGUCAGCCACCAAUUGUGCAAGUUCUCCCACUUAAAAAGAUGAGAGAGGCCUGUAAUUUUCAUCAUGGGUACACGUCAACUAUGACAGACAAAAUGAGAAAUUUUUUUCCAGAAAAUCACAUUAUAGGAUUUUUAAUGAAUUUAUUUGCAAAUUAUGGUGGAAAAUAAGUAUUUGGUCAAUAACAAAAGUUUCUCAAUACUUUUUUAUAUACCCUUUGUUGGCAAUGACACAGGUCAAACGUUUUCUGUAAGUCUUCACAAGGUUUUCACACACUGUUGCUGGUAUUUUGGCCCAUUCCUCCAUGCAGAUCUCCUCUAGAGCAGUGAUGUUUUUUGGGCUGUCGCUGGGCAACACAGACUUUCAACUCCCUCCAAAGAUUUUCUAUGGGGUUGAGAUCUGGAGACUGGCUAGGCCACUCCAGGACCUUGAAAUGCUUCUUACGAAGCCACUCCUUCGUUGCCCGGGCGGUGUGUUUGGGAUCAUUGUCAUGCUGAAAUACCCAGCCACGUUUCAUCUUCAAUGCCCUUGCUGAUGGAAGGAGGUUUUCACUCAAAAUCUCACGAUACAUGGCCCCAUUCAUUCUUUCCUUUACACGGAUCAGUCGUCCUGGUCCCUUUGCAGAAAAACAGCCCCAAAGCAUGAUGUUUCCACCCCCAUGCUUCACGGUAGGUAUGGUGUUCUUUGGAUGCAACUCAGCAUUCUUUGUCCUCCAAACACGACGAGUUGAGUUUUUACCAAAAAGUAAUAUUUUGGUUUCAUCUGACCAUAUGACAUUCUCCCAAGCCUCUUCUGGAUCAUCCAAAUGCACUCUAGCAAACUUCAGACGGGCCUGGACAUGUACUGGCUUAAGCAGGGGGACACGUCUGGCACUGCAGGAUUUGAGUCCCUGGCGGCGUAGUAUGUUACUGAUGGUAGGCUUUGUUACUUUGGUCCCAGCUCUCUGCAGGUCAUUCACUAGGUCCCCCAGUGUGGUUCUGGGAUUUUUGCUCACCGUUCCUGUGAUCAUUUUGACCCCACGGGGUGAGAUCUUGCGUGGAGCCCCAGAUCGAGGGAGAUUAUCAGUGGUCUUGUAUGUCUUCCAUUUCCUAAUAAUUGCUCCCACAGCUGAUUUCUUCAAACCAAGCUGCUUCCCUAUUGCAGAUUCAGUCUUCCCAGCCUGGUGCAGGUCUACAAUUUUGUUUCUGGUGUCCUUUGACAGCUCUUUGGUCUUGGCCAUAGUGGAGUUUGGAGUGUGACUGUUUGAGGUUGUGGACAGGUGUCUUUUAUACUGAUAACAAGUUCAAACUGGUGCCAUUAAUACAGGUAAUGAGUGGAGGACAGAGGAGCCUCUUAAAGAAGAAGUUACAGGUCUGUGAGAGCCAGAAAUCUUGCUUGUUUGUAGGUGACCAAAUACUUAUUUUCCACCAUAAUUUGCAAAUAAAUUCAUUAAAAAUCCUACAAUGUGAUUUUCUGGAUUUUUUUUUCUCAAUUUGUCUGUCAUAGUUGACGUGUACCUAUGAUGAAAAUUACAGGCCUCUCUCAUCUUUUUAAGUGGGAGAACUUGCACAAUUGAUGGCUGACUAAAUACUUUUUUCCCCCACUGUAUGGGCUGCAUGGUGCGACUAUAGGCUAUUGAUGAUUUGAGAAAGUAGCAAAAACAGCUUGCUCUGUUCCAUGCCUCAGGCUGCACAGCUAUUCUCUCAUCAAGUUAUCAUAUUUUCACCCAUCAGACUAUUCUCAAUUUAAUCUUGUCUUUACUAAUAUGUUAAAUUAUUUUUGAUUUAGAAUGGACCAUUAUCAAAUGGUACAGGAACAGGGGGAAAAAUACAUGUCAUAUGUAUGCACUCCAAUAGCCUAGUGAAGGGAGGAUGCGCUCUUUCCUGCCGGCCUGUUUUGUAGGCUACUUCGGUUUUAUAGCGGAGCAUGUGCUUAAUAUGAGCAGCUGAGAAAUAAAUAUAAGAACACUUAUUUCACUCUAUGCAUCAACCACUGUUUGAUGAGCAUGCUCUCGCUGCCCGAUAGGUGAUAUUCUCCCAAACUCUGUAUGCCAUGGGCGCUCUCCAACAUUGUUCCUGCAGCUACCCAGUGCUUAGUUUGGGAAACCAAGUGAAAUAUGUUUGGGAACAUCAAUCGUAGCAUGUUUUCGCAACAAAACAUAUUUCAUUAAAAUGUUGACAGCCUGUCUGUGCGCUCAAGACAGGAGUAAAGGAGAGAUAGGAGGAGAUGGAAAUGCAUAGUGGUGACCGAUUCUUUAUAGCUGUCGGUCAAUUAAUUAUGAAAAGAUAAAAAAUGUCCUAUUAAUAGCCUAUUCAAAAUCAAAUACAAAUUCACUAAUUAUACACUAACUGUAAGCAGCCCUGCACAAUCAAUGAACCAACAGCAUCGCCUAGGGCUAUACGUUCUCUCCCAGACUCUUUGGAGCAUAGCAUAAGGUAACCAGUCCAUCCAGUAUGCAUAAUAAUACACUCCACACUCAACAGUGAUUACUCAAAUUUGUUUAAUUUUGGAGUAUAGGCUAGACUAAUUAUGUACCAAAACCAUCUUAAAUGAGUUGUAUGUUUUUCUGCCAUGCAUAAUAUGCCGUAGGCAGUUUUUUUUUAGGCUUGUACUCAUAUGGCAAUGCAUAAGCUCUAAUAUGCAUAACAGAAAAACAUAAAACUGAUUUAAGGUUUGAAUUAAUCAUCACCUUAGAAAGCACUGUCCAUUUCGUUGUGUUAGGCUUUGAAACAACAUCCACAACAACCAUGUUUUACACUGUUUCAACCUGCUGUUGGAGUUCUUUCUUCAAAUGUAUCAUCACAGUGAGGUGAGUUUUAAAAGUAUGAUAGGGCUAGUGUUUUGAUGAUAAGUGUUUGAUGUGAUUUUUUAUCGCAUUUGCUUUGAUGUCAGAGUGGUUAGAGGGACAAUAGAGCCCUGAGUACCAGGCCAUUAGGACCUGAUGGUAGUUAGCAAGUUGGGUACUACAAAUAUCACGUUUCAGGGUAAGACCCAGAUGCAGACAGUGUCGAAGUAACAAACGUUUAUUACAAAAACAGGGGGCAUGCAAACGACAGGUCAAGGGCAGGCAGACAUCAGUAAUCCAGGAGACAAGAGACAAAGGGCUGUGAGACAUGGGUUUGAGCCUAGACACAUGAAAAGUGGGAUGUAUACGGAGGGUUCGGGGCAACAGAAGACGAACAGCAGAGGGGCUAAUGAUCUUGGAGAUGGGGAAAGGGCCGAUAAACCGGGGGGAAAGUUUUGCAGGACUCCACGUGGAGGGGCAGAUCUCGGGUGGACAGCCAUACCUUCUGCCCGAGACAAUACCGGGGAGCCAGGGUCCGGUGGCGGUCCGCUUGUUGUCGAGUAUGCCGACCUCUUGCUCCGGGAAGAGCGGGGGCUGAUAACCCAGAGAACCCGUGGCAGAGCAGGGAAGGGUGUUGCGGGCGUAUUCAACCCACACUAGUUGCUGGCUCCAGGUGAUGGGGUUGGCGGAGACCAGGCAGCGCAGAGUCGUCUCCAGGUCUUGGUUGGCUCGCUCCGACUGGCCGUUGGACUGAGGGUUGAAACCGGAGGACAGGCUGGCCGAUGACCCAAUGAGUGUGCAGAACGCCUUCCAGAACUGGGACGAGAACUGAGGACCCCGGUCGGAGACCAUGUCCACUGGGAGUCCAUGGAUCCGGAAGACGUGAUGCACCAUGAGCUGGGCCGUCUCUUUGGCGGAGGUUAGCUUGGGGAGAGGAAUGAAGUGGAGGCGGCGAUGAACGCGGAGACGUCAGGAACCACGGUAGGCCAUCAAAAGCGUUGUCGCACAAAGGCCAGGGUCCGAAGGGAGCCCGGGUGGCAGGCGGGUGGCAGGCAAGUCUGGACCGUGGAGCGGAAAGCGUCAGGAACAGACAUCCGGUUAUCUGCCCCCCCCCGCUGCGCCUCCCGGACCUGCUUCCCUACUCCCCAACUGAGUGCCAUUGUGGUAGGCUGCCUAACAGACAACCUGCGGAAAUGCUCCAGCAAUGUGUUAAAUGCGUUCGGCCAAGGUCUGGAACCCUUCCAUGAGACCACAAAGCAAUUCCUCGUGCCUUCCAAUGGUGGCUCCUUGGGAAGAGAUGGCGUUGCAGAGCUGGUCUGAGUCUGUUGGGUCAGUCAUGGCCAGUUUGUACUAUCACGUUUCAGGAGAAGACCCAGAUGCAGACAGUGUCGAAGUAACAAAAGUUUAUUACAAAAACAGGGGGCAGGCAAAUGACAGGUCAAGGGCAGGCAGAGGUCAGUAAUCCAGAUCAGAGUCCAAUAGGUACAGAAUGGCAGGCAGUCUCAGGGUCAGGGCAGGCAGAGGUCAAUAAUCCAGGGUGGUGUGACAAGGUACAGAACGGCAGGCAGGCUCAGGGUCAGGGCAGGCAGAAUGGUCAAAACCGGGAAAACUAGAAAACAGGAAUUUGAGAAAGACAGGAGCAGGGGAAAAACGCUGGUAGGCUUGACGAAACAAAACGAACUGGCAACAGACAAACAGAGAACACAGGUAUAAAUACUCUUGUGAUAAUGGGGAAGAUGGGCGACACCUGGAGGGGGGUGGAGACAAUCACAAAGACAGGUGAAACAGAUCAGGGUGUGACAACAAAGGCAUGUCCAGAGUGCAUAAAAGAAGAUUACUGUUACUCAAUGGUCACAUGGACAUUUACGGUGUGGCGGUAAUACUGUCACCGCAACAGCCCAAGCCGUGCAUUAUCAUGCUGAAACAUGAGUUGAUGGCGGCAGAUGAAUGGCACGACAAAGGGCCUCAGGAUCUCGUCACGGUAUCUCUGCAUUCAAAUUGCCAUCGAUAAAUUGCAAUUGUGUUCGCUGUCUGUCGCUUAUGCGUGCCCAUACCAUAACCCCACUGCCACCAUAGGGCACUCUGUUCACAAUGUUGACAUCCGCUAACCGCUCACCCACACGACGCCAUACACGUGGUCUGCGGUUGUGAGGCCGGUUGGACGUACUGCCAAAUUCUCUAAAACAACAUUGGAGGCGGCUAUGUAAUGAUCAUGCUGUUUAAUCAGCUUCUUGAUAUGCCACAUGGUAGAGCACGGCGCUUGUAACGCCAGGGUAGUGGGUUCGAUCCCCGGGACCACCCAUAUGUAAAAAUGUAUGCGCACAUGACUGUAAGUCGCUUUGGAUAAAAGCGUCUGCUAAAUGGCAUAUUAUAUUAUAUUAUUAUUAUCUUGGCAAAGGAGAAAUGCUCACUAACAGGGAUGUAAACACAUUUGUGCACAACAUUUGAGAGAAAUAAGCUUUUUGUGCGUAUUAAACAUUUCUGGGAUCUUUUGUUUCAGCUCAUGAAACAUGGGACCAACACUUUACAUGUUGCGUUUAUAUUUUCGUUCAGUGUACAUCACAUCCCAUUGGGUACAGAUAUCAAUUCAACGUCUAUUCCACGUUGGUUCAACGUAAUUUCAUUACAUUGAUGUGGAAACAAAGUUGAUUCAACCAGUGUGUGCCCAGUGGGAAGGAAGGGAGUGGUUUGUGACACACAAGCGCAACCUUGGGUUAAUGCUGGAUCUGAUUGAAUCAAGCCCUUAAUUGUAGAAAGAAGAUGAAAAGGACUGGAGUACAGCAGAGUCUAAAUGGAAACUAGUGAUGCGUUGCCACUAUUUUACUUGGACAGUUCUCUUACCUAUGAAAAUGAGAGCUACUCUAACUUUACUGUACUGUUACCAUGCUAGCUAGCUAGCUUGUCAGGCAGCUAAGCUAAGCAGCAGGUAUUGAUAGCCACAUGUUAGCAGUUGCUAUUUAAAUGAUACCGUUGGAAAACAAGUUGGCUCUGGUUAAUAUCACCAUUGCAGUAUAAUUCAUGUUUUUAAUCUUACCUUGUGGUAUGAAAAGCUGAUAGUCCAGGAGAAAGUUGGAGAAGGUUGGCUAGCUAGCUAGCUACAGUUCUGUCUCGAUCGUCUGGACAUCGCUCUUUUUUCCCCAAGUGGUUGGCUGAGUCAUCCAAUAGCGUCACACCCCUCCAUUGUUCAAAAGAUGGAGUGGUGUGAGGCUGUGUCCUUUUUCCAAAGAAUGAGAACCAAUACAUGAUUGGCUUUUGAAACAUGGCCAUGGAGAUGGUGAUUGGACAUGGUUAACAGCCUAACGUGAGUUAAAAUAGCGCCACCUGCCGCUCCUCUAGGCGCAUCGGGUCCAAUUUUUUACAGUCUUUGGUAUGACUCAGCCGGGAAUCGAACUCCCAAUCUCAGGGCGGACACUCUAACCACAAGGCCACUGAGUAGGUAUAGCCUGGUUUUUCCUCGACCACCGAGACAAGGUCAAGACCUUUUAGACUGGAGUGCGUAGCCUUUGACACGACCUGGUCCAUUAAUCUAAAUGUUCAUUGUCAGGCUCCUAAGGUUCUAUUAUAUAUUGUAUGGGCCUUUUAAUAAACACCUCACACUUUAUUAGAAAUGGUUUCCUGAUUUGUAGCUUGUUAUUCAGUAGUUUGGGCUAUUUGUAAUGUUGGUGGCAUUAUGGAAAUUCAAAAUCUUUUUUCCAAGUAAGAAUAAAUAAUCAUAACCACUCUCCAUUCUGGAAAACACUUUCUUGAAUCAUACAUUUGUAUCUCACACAGUUCAUUAAUUGAAAAAAAUUGUACACUCUCUAGGGAAUAGGGAGUCAUUUGAGACACAGCCUUUUAAGUUGUCCUUCUCCUCUCUCCAGGUAUCAGAAGCUGCUUCCUCUGCUGAGCUUCGCGCUGCAGUCCAUCGACAACUCCCACUCCAUGGUGGGUAAGCUGUCUCGCCGCAUCUUCCUGAGCGCCGCGCGCAUGGUGGCCCGCGUGCCGCACGUCUUCGUCAAACUCCUGGAUAUGCUGAGCAUCACCAGCUCCACGCAUUACGCCCGCAUGCGCCGCCGCUUGCUUGCCAUCGCCGAGGAGAUGGACAUCCUGGACGCCAUCAACCUGGGCCUGGAGAGCAUGGAGCACAGCGCCAGCGAGGCACACGAACAGGCCAGCGCCGCCUUCAUGGAGCCCUCCACACCUCAGAACUCGCCCAACGUGACCGAGAGCAACACACCAACGCAUACGGUUCAGCUAGCCAGCGGAAAGGGAGGGAGAGGUUGCUUUGGCAAGGUGGGAGCGAGUCCUGAGGAUAUUACUGAGAGGUUAGCGGCCAUUUCGUCUAACACCGGGCAUCCCAAUAUGGCAGCUUCCGCGUGCGGUGGGGCCCCGGCCGAGCACCCAAAGCCCCCCGUUCGGGCACGUAGCCAGUGCCUGAACUCCCCCUCUUCCAGACAAGCCCCCAGCCUCCCCUCGCCCUCCACCUCCUUCCCGGGUCCUGACAGCAGUCCCAAACCCCAACCCCAGAGCUUCGUCCCCAGCAAGCUGGCAUCUUCUGCCUCCUCCUGCUCCCCCGGCACCCAGCGCAGGUUCCCCCAGCAGAAGCCCUGCAGCAGCAAGGACCCCGAGAAGCAUCUCCCCUCCCCCUGCUUCACCCAGGCCCGACCCCUCCCCUCCAGCCAGAUCCACAGACCAAAGCCCUCCCGACCCACCACCUCCGAGAGGGCCAAGGCCCUCUGCACCCCGCCCACCCCAAGAGCCUCCAAGAACAGCAUGAAGCUGGACCUCCAGGGAGAGUUGGCCAGCAUUUCUACCAGUGCCUCCGGAGGUGAAGGCCUCUCCACAGGAGGCCACAUGGGGGGAGCCACCACCCUCAUCACCAGCGAGGACAGCUGCUUUACCCCCGUGGAGGAGAAGUUCCGCGGCCUGGACGCCUCGGCCGAGCUCAAUUCCUCCAUGGAAGACCUCCUGGAAGCCUCCAUGUCGGCAGCCGGCUACGCCACAACCGUCACCUUCCAGUCGGAGGUGGCCGUGCUGUCGCCAGAGUGGGUCGGGGACGUGCUAGGGGAAGGGGGAGCUGUCGGGACGUACAGCGAGGACGUGACGCAGCACCAGAAGUGCAAGGAGAAGAUGGAGGCGGAGGAGGAAGAGGCGCUGGCCGUGGUCAUGGCCAUGUCGGAGUCACAGGAUGCGCUGCCCGUCAUCCCCCAGCUACAAGUGGACAAGGACCAGGACUGCAUCAUCGUCCAGGCAGAUGUGAGUUAAUUAAAACACCCUCAGGAACUUAUGUACCUAUAAGGCCGGUUUUCCAGACACAGAUUUAGCGUAAAACUGGACAAAGAAAUACUUUGAACUGAGAAUCUUCAUUAAGCAUGCUUCUUAGUCCAGGUCCGGGAAAUUUACUGAUAAAGGUUUAGACUCAACAAGUUGUUUUACCAUAACAAUACAAGGCCGAGUAGACAUAAUAACUGGCAGAUGAGUAGAGAACAUUGAACAUUGUUACACCAAAGCUCAUAGCCUACAUCUGAAUCUUAUCAUACAUAUCAACCUGUUGACUGCUAAACCAUAUUAUAAACCAGGUAGUUUGGGUCCUGGAUGCUGAUUGGUUGAAACAGCAUUUCAGCCGUGUGAAUAUCAGACAAUAUACCACGGGUAUGACACAAAAAUACUUGCUUACUGUUUUAUUUAGGUUGGUAACCAGUUUAUAAUAGCAAUAAGGCACCUCAGGGUUGUGGUAUAUGGCCAAUAUGCCACGGACAAGAACAGCCCUUAGCCGUGGUAUAUUGGCCAAUAUACCACACCCCCUCAGGCCUUAUUGCUUAAAUAAACCAUGAUUUACAAAUAGUAUCCCCCACCAAGCCCAAAAAAUUCUAACCCACAGCAUGUACAGGUAACUUCUAAAAUAAUGGAAACGCUUGAGUAAAUGAGGGAUACAAAGUAUACUGAAAGCAGGUGCUUCCACACAGGUGUGGUUCCUGAGUUAAUUAAGCAAUUAACAUCCCAUCAUGCUUAUGGUCAUGUAUAAAAUGCUGGGCAUGCCAUUAUUUUGGCUACCAUGGCUAUGCUCCCAUAGGAUGACAAUGCCCUAAUCCACAGGGCACGAGUGGUCACUGAAUAGUUUGAGCAGCAUGAAAAUGAUGUAAACCAUAUGCCAUGGCUGAAAAGUAUUGGUUGGUUACAAAAUCGAAGGACCAUUCAAAUAGAUAGAAAACUCAGGUGCUGACUUCCAGGCCGGUAGUAACCACUGCUGUGGGAGGUCUCGACCUAUCGGCAGGAACAGUGGUCUUAUGCUAUCCUGCUACUCGUGGGCCCGUGAAAAGCUCAACGAAUUGUGUGAGGGGUGGGAAUGGGCGGAUUUCUCGAUUCCUUUCUCCGGCCGGCCGUUGUAUUGGGCAGUUCAAUGGUGAGAAAUGUCUCAGUCCCUGAAGCAAAAACUUUACAAAAGCACGAGUACAGGACAUCAAUAAGCUGCUCCCAAACAUUUUAAACCAGCAUCAGGAAAUUAGAGUCUAUCAUAGUUCAUGUGGGAUUCAAUGACACUAUGAAGGGCAGCUCAGAAGAGCUGAAGAUGGAUUUUAAGAACCUGAUUGGGUCUCUACUUGACAACAACAAACGCCCCAAAAUAUCUGGCCCUCUGCCUUCCCUAAAUUGUGGCAUUGAAUGGUUCGAUAUACUUUUAGCCCUCCAUAACUGGCUACGAGACUAUUGCAGCUCUGUGGGUGUAACAUUUAUUGACAAUUUUGAUACCUAUUGGAAACAAAGCUCGUAUUAUAAGGAGGAUGGGAUCCACCCAAAUCAUUUGGGUUCCUGGAUCCUUUCACAGCAUUAUACGUCAGCGUUGAGACAAUGACUUAUCAAUGAACCAAGCCCAGCUCAUUUAAUCCAUACCAUUGUGUCGCUGAUUUGUCAUAAUGCUUCAGCAAAUGUACAUUAUCCCAGGGACGCUGGAAGACACAAUGUAAGUAACCUAAUUUAUGUCCCUCUUACUUCCCUGAAUGCCUCUGCUGAUCCUACAGCUAUUGUUUGCAGUAAUCAUGUGCCUAUAAACCAGAGUUAUAAUGUUAGCACUGAGGCGGUGUGCCCUAGCAGGAAGUGCACUGUGUGCAGCGCACCCUGCACUAACAUAAAUAACCUGAGCAUGUCUACAUCUGCUAAACUUCCCAGUAAAGCAAUAAAAACAAUCAAGCAUCCCAGAAAAGUGCUAAAAAAUAGCCCACAUGAACAUAUGUAGCUUAAGAGACAAGGUUAAUGAAAUUAAUAAUUUGCUAGUAAUAGAUGACAUUUGUAUUCUGACAAUCUCUGAAACUCACUUAGAUACUACCUUUGAUGAUACAGUGGUAGCAAUACAUGGUUAAAGGAUCUACACAAAAGACAGAAUAACAACAAAAAAAUCCUGAAAAAUGCAUGUCAAAAAUGUUAUAAAUUGAUUUGCAUUUUAAUGAGGGAAAUAAGUAUAUGACCCCCUCUCAAUCAGAAAGAUUUCUGGCUCCCAGGUGUCUUUUAUACAGGUAACGAGCUGAGAUUAGGAGCACAAUCGUAAAGGGAGUGCUCCUAAUCUCAUUUUAUUACCUGAAUAAAAGACACCUGUCAACAGAAGCAAUCAAUCAAUCAGAUUCCAAACUCUCCACCAUGGCCAAGACCAAAGAGCUCUCCAAGGAUGUCAGGGACAAGCUUGUAGACCUACACAAGGCUGGAAUGGGCUACAAGACCAUCGCCAAGCAGCUUGGUGAGAAGGUGACAACAGUUGGUGCGAUUAUUCGCAAAUGGAAGAAACACAAAAGAACUGUCAAUCUCCCUCGGCCUGAGGCUCCAUGCAAGAUCUCACCUCGUGGAGUUGCAAUGAUCAUGAGAACGUGAGGAUUCAGUCCAGAACUACACGGGAGGAUCUUGUCAAUGAUCUCAAGGCAGCUGGGACCAUAGUCACCAAGAAAACAAAUGGUAACACACUACGCCGUGAAGGACUGAAAUCCUGCAGCGCCCGCAAGGUCCCCCUGCUCAAGAAAGCACAUAUACAGGGCCGUCUGAAGUUUGCCAAUGAACAUCUGAAUGAUUCAGAGGAGAACUGGGUGAAAGUGUUGUGGUCAGAUGAGACCAAAAUCGUGCUCUUUGGCAUCAACUCAACUCGCCGUGUUUGGAGGAGGAGGAAUGCUGCCUAUGAUCCCAAGAACACCAUCCCCACCGUCAAACAUGGAGGUGGAAACAUUAUGCUUUGGGGGUGUUUUUCUGCUAAGGGGACAGGACAUCUUCACCGCAUCAAAGGGACGAUGGACGGGGCCAUGUACCGUCAAAUCUUGGGUGAGAACCUCCUUCCCUCAGCCAGGGCAAUGAAAAUGGGUCGUGGAUGGGUAUUCCAGCAUGACAAUGACCCAAAACAUACGGCCAAGGCAACAAAGGAGUGGCUCAAGAAGAAGCACAAUAAGGUCCUGGAGUGGCCUAGCCAGUCUCCAGACCUUAAUCCCAUAGAAAAUCUGCGGAGGGAGCUGAAGGUUCGAGUUUCCAAACGUCAGCCUCGAAACCUUAAUGACUUGGAGAAGAUCUGCAAAGAGGAGUGGAACAAAAUCCCUCCUGAGAUGUGUGCAAACCUGGUGGCCAACUACAAGAAACGUCUGACCUCUGUGAUUGCCAACAAGGGUUUUGCCACCAAGUACUAAGUCAUGUUUUGCAGAGGGGUCAAAUACCUAUUUCCCUCAUUAAAAUGCAAAUCAAUUUAUAACAUUUUUGACAUGCGUUUUUCUGGAUUUUUGUUGUUGUUAUUCUGUCUCUCACUGUUCAAAUAAACCUACCAUUAAAAAUAUAGACUGAUCAUGUCUUUGUCAGUGGGCAAACGUACAAAAUCAGCAGGGGAUCAAAUACUUUUUUACCUCACUGUAGGCACUCCCUUUCUCUGUUGUUAUUACCCUUUGCCCCAAGUCAAUAUAUCCUGUCCAACAAUCAUGCUAUCCUAAACAUCAGUAAUCUCCUUUGACAUAAUGGAAUGUAGACUUUCUGUCUCCUAACCACUUAUCUAGUAACUCUAACCUGUUCCCCACGAUACUAUGACAUUACAUAAUUACACCAUAAAAACAUAAUAUCAGUAAUGCUGCGGAAAUUAGCAUGAAAGCAUUAUCCAAAUCCAUCAGAUGUAGUGAUCACAAUAUGGUAGCCAUAUCUAGGAAAACAGAAGUUCCAAAGGCUGGGCCUAAUAUAGUUUAUAAGAGGUCAUACAAUACGUUUUGUAGUUAUUCCUAUGUUGUUGAUGUAAAUAAUAUUUGUUGGUCUGUGGUGUGUAAUGAGAAGCAACCAGACGCUGCACUUAUGAAAUUGCUUAUACCAGUUACUAAUAAGCAUGCACCCUUUAAGAAAAUGACUGUAAAAACGGUUAAAUCCCCGUGGAUUAAUGAGGAAUUUAAAAAUAUUAUGGUUGAGAGGGAUGAGGCAAAAUAAAUGGCAAAGAAGUCUGGCUGCACAACCGAUUGUCAAACGUACUGCAAAUUGAGAAAUCAUGUGACUAAAUUGAAUAAAAAGAACAAGAAACUACACUAUGAAACAAAGAUAAAUUACAGUGCCUUGCAAAAGUAUUCAUCCCCCUUGGCAUUUUUCCUAUUUUGUUGCAUUACAACCUGUAAUUUUUAAUGGAUUUUUAUUUGGAUUUCAUGUAAUGGACAUACACAAAAUAAUCAAAAUUGGUGAGGUGAAAUGAAAAAAAAUAACUUGUUUAAAAAAAAAUGCAAAAAAAUAGAUAACGGAAAAGUAGUGUGUGUAUAUGUAUUCACCCCCUUUGCUAUGAAGCCCAUAACAUAAGAUCUGGUGCAACCAAUUACCUUCAGAAGUCACAUAAUUAGUUAAAUAAAGUCCACCUGUGUGCAAACUAUGUGUCACAUGAUCUCAGUAUAUAUACACCUGUUCUGAAAGGCCCCAGAGUCUGCAAAACCACUAAGCAAGGGGCAUCACCAAGCAAGCGGCACCAUGAAGACCAAGGAGCUCUCCAAACAGGUCAGGGACAAAGUUGUGGAGAAGUACAGAUCAGGGUUGGGUUAUAAAAAAAUAUCAGAAACUUUGAACAUCCCACGGAGCACCAUUAAAUCCAUUAUUAAAAAAUUGAAAGAAUAUGGCACCACAACAAACAUGCCAAGAGAGGGCCGCCCCUAAUGGGGGUCCAUAAUAAAUACAAAAUACAAAUACUACAGCAAUGUCCAUCCAGAACAACGAGGAGACCGUAUUUCCAGUUUAAGGGGGUUUAAUGAUAAUCCACACACACACACACACAUACAUCCAAGACCACUCUGAGUCUGAUUUGUGACUGACAAUGAUUGUGGUUCUGAAAAUAAAUAAUAAAUACACUUCGGCUGUAGCACUGAUAUGCAUGACAUGAAAGUACAAGCUAGCAUACAACAUUGUAAUAAGGCCUUGCAUAAAUGAACUAGUAAAAAGGCUCCAUAAGCUAGAGGUCUUGUACAUAAACAAAUGUAUAGCAAAUACAGCAAUGUAGAAAUGUCUACAGAAUAUAACCAGAAUAUAACCCAGAUUAUAAACUGGGUGGUUCGAGCCCUGAAGGCUGAUUGGCUGACAGACGUGGUAUAUCAGACCAUAUGCCACGGGUAUGACAAAACAUUUAUUUUUACUGCUCUAAGUACAUUGGUAACCAAUUUAUAAUAGCAAUAAGGCACCUCCGGGGUUUGUGAUAUAUGACGAAUAUACCACAUCUAAGGGCUGUAUCCAGGCGUUGCGUUGUGCUUAAGAACAGCCAUUAGCCGUGAUAUAUUGGCCAUAUACCACACCCCCUCGUGCAUUAUUGCUUAAUUAAAUAUAGCAUGAGCGAUAUACACAAAUAAUAUAGCAUAGCACCAUGCAUGAGAAAUGCUAACAAAUGGGUACUCGCUAGGAUGCAUUCUAAGUCCUAAUACAUUCUGAAUACAAAUGUUAAUGCUAGAGCUAACGCUAGCGAGACCGCAAGCUAUCUAACAACCUCAAUACAAACGGUAGUUAUAACAAUAGGCAAUCUUGAGCUCCGAAAACAACAAGACGUAAACAUCUUAAGGCACUUUUAGAUGCACGCACAAUAAAAUAUCAGACAGCAAAGGUAUUGUGACCGUAGGAGAAAGAGUAGUAGGAGGGAAACCAUGAAAUGCUGUCAGGAUGGUGAAAGUACGUUUCUGACUGAAAGCACGUUUCUGCCCUGCUUGUGCUACAUUGAAAGUCCCGUGAAUACUAACUACUGAUAGGCUAACAUAAUACUGACUGGCGUGACCUUGACCGAUAAGAACUAAAGAAGUUUGGGUCUUGUGAAUAGGAGGCUGAACUGCCUAUGUAGAAAGCACUAAAUAGCUGACUGAAGCUGGCCGUUUUUACAAUGGCUGUCUCAGUCACCAGAUAUCAACCUAAUUGGACACUUAUGGGAGAUUCUGGAGCGGCGCCUGAGACAGCGUUUUCCACCACCAUCAAUAAAACACCAAAUGAUGGAAUUUCUCGUGGAAGAAUGGUGUUGCGUCCCUCCAAUAGAGUUUCAGACACUUGUAGAAUCUAUGCCAAGGUGCAUUGAAGCUGUUCUGGCUCAUGGUGGCCCAACGUCCUAUUAAGACACUUCAUGUUGGUGUUCCUUUAUUUUGGCAGUUACCUGUAUGUGUAUAGGCAAUAGGCCUAGGCCACGUUCAGUCGACAGACGUGAAACGUUGCAGAUAGAAACGUCAUAAAUAGAGCUGACGUGAUUCCUGGCUACAGGUCAUAAAUGUUUGUUCUACAUAACAUCUAUCUGAGUGUUCCACAACAUUGUAUCCUGACCUGGUAUGGGAUGGCAUACUGACAUGAUGUCUUCUAUGGUUCCCCAGACCCCAGAGACUCUGCCUGGCCUUACCAAAGCAAAGCAGCCCUACAGGGAGGGCCACGAGUGGCUGAAGGGCCAGCAGAUCGGCUUGGGGGCCUUCUCCUCCUGCUACCAGGCCCAGGACGUGGGCACUGGCACCCUGCUGGCAGUCAAACAGGUGAGAAGAGGAGACACACACAAGGCAAUCAGAGAUCCUAUCCUAGGGCUGAUUUUCCUAUGCUGAAUUCCAAACAACCCCUAUUCACUCCUGUUGAUAUGAUAGAAAUUGAUAAAUUCAUCCUAGCCGUUCAGAGGGCAAGGAGGAGCUGUUACCAUAUUGUCUAAACCUAUUACAUUAUUUCGGAUCUGCAGGAGUGUCUAGGAUUGGGGGCUAGGUCUUGUUUCUAAGUGGGGCCUAUGGGUCCCUUUUGUCACCCAGGUUGUGGCUUGUGUCCCCUGGUGCAGAAACACUGGGGAUUCCAAUGUCGGAGUUGAUUCAAUUUUAACUAGUGACAUCAAACUGAGAUGUAGCCCUUAAAAAGAAUGUCCAGCUCUCUCAUCCCCUAAUAACCAUGAGUGUGUGUGUCCUCUCCAUCUAGGUGACGUAUGUGAGGAACACGUCGUCGGAGCAGGAGGAGGUGGUGGAGGCUCUGAGGGAGGAGAUCCGGAUGAUGGCCCACCUCAACCACCCCAACAUCAUCCGCAUGCUGGGGGCCACCUGCGAGAAGAGCAACUACAACCUGAUGGUGGAGUGGAUGGCAGGUAAGGGCCUUUGAUGAUGACACAUCCAACGUUGAAAAAACGUUUCCUGCUUUCAUCCUUUGUUCAGUUCAAAACAAUCCAGUUUGAUUUAGUUCAUUUAAAAAAAUAGAUAUAAUUUUUGUUUCCUGCAUUUUAAUCUUUGUGACAUGAUUAUUCAUUAAAAAAUUUUUUACUUUUCAAAAUUGAUAGUAUUAAUUGAACUUUUGUUACUAAUGAGUGAACUACCAAGUCAUGGGAUGAAUAUGUAUCAGCAGCAAUAACUUAAUGUAUCUAAUUAAGAAAUGCCAGAAGUUGAACUUCAUAGUAGGAAUUGUAACGUUUGACCCUAUCCUACUAUGAAGCAUUGUCCUCCCUCCUAUAACAAUCACACUUGUUGCUCCCUUAGAAAUAGAAUGACUAGAUUAUAGUCAUUCUAUUUCUAUGGUUGAUCCUCUCUCUGUUGUGUACAGGUGGGAGUGUGUCCCAUCUUCUGAACAAGUACGGGGCCUUCAAGGAGGCUGUGAUCAUCAACUACACGGAGCAGCUGCUCCGAGGCCUGGCCUACCUCCAUGAGAACCAGAUCAUCCACAGAGACAUCAAAGGUGAGUGCACACACACGCACAUGCACACGCAAACACACACACACACACACACACACACACACACACACACACACACACACACACACACACACACACACACACACAAAUGACCUCCAGCACACAGGAAAUCCCUGCUGCUAUUGUGCUGCCUGUCUCAGGGCUGAAGGAGGGGGGAUGGUGAGCCCCUAUGUGCUAGACCGAGGACACACACACACUCAUUCAUGUGUUCCACCUUUUAGCUUUGGGGUGGAACUUUAGGGACUGUGGGGGCUUACUAUAAUAAGGGCUUGGGAUUUUUACUGGUCAGGACAGGUCAGGAAGAACACACUCACACUUUCUUAUACUCACACACCUCACCUAUCUCUCCUGUUAUGGCAUUCAAUAACUACCCUUCCCCCACUCCACUCUAUCUCUCUCCCCCAGGUGCCAACCUGCUGAUUGACAGCACAGGUCAGAGGCUGCGGAUAGCCGACUUCGGGGCUGCCGCCAGGCUGGCCUCUAAGGGCACUGGAGCAGGGGAGUUCCAAGGCCAACUCCUGGGAACCAUCGCCUUCAUGGCCCCCGAGGUACAUAUGGAUGAGAGAGAGAGACUAAAUCUGUGUCAGAAUUAGCGUUCUCUUCCCAGGCCUUUAUAGUGCACUACUUUUGACCAGAGCCAUAGAGCAUUUCAGACACACACACACUGUGUACAAGUGAUGGCUGGCAUGAAGCUUGCGGGCAUAAAGCAAGUAAAUUCUGCCACUUAAACCAAUGCCCUAAGAUCAAAACCCCUCAAUCUUCUGUAUCCUGUUUGUGGAGAGGCUCUGAAAGAGAAAGUAGAGACAGCGGCAGAAGCAGUAGCCUUCUGUGGGGGCUGUUUUAUUUUGAAGAGGGCCCUGAGGAUGCUGAUAAUGAACUGGGCUACUGUGCUGUGGUAGGCCUGAGCAGCUGAACUCCCUCCUAAUUAAACAAAGUUUUGGGAGCCACAGUGAUAACAAGGCAUUAAGGGUCCAGACUGGGGGCCCGCUCUCAAUAGGGAUUACAAUUUUCUUUCAUUUGGGAGUUACUGAGAAAUCUAAAUCCACUUUAGUUCAGCGGAUACGUGACUCUGAAUGGCCUGCAUAAUGGCGGCUGGGUUUCGCCGUUUAAGAAAAGCUUUGUCGGAAGCCAUUGACAUUUAAAUAUCCUACCCCAAACGUAAGAAAGCAAUAUUUCGCCUCAGAAUUAAUUGAAGCCAUAGUCAUGUGAUAAAGAAUGAAGAAAGAGUGCAACUAAAUACAGACGCAACAAAACUUAAUGGGAGGCUCCGUGAUACAUUUAACUCGUUGGCCGAGUCACAUCCUUUGGUUUGACGUUAUGUGUCCAUCCACCAAAAAUAAGUCUGUUGUGCAACUAUGCCACUCCUCAACAACAAAACCCAGACAAGUGCUGUAAAAAAAUGGCUUGCCAUUUCAGUCCGUUCUGCUGCUAUUUGCACAUUAAAGACUAUGAAUGGAUUAGAGUUAAGUGUGCUUGUGUAGUGGGUGCGUGCAUUAAAUACUUAAAUUCAAUAAACAUCAUGUAUUUGUCCAUAUGUUGAUACCUUCUGUGUAUGGUUGACUCUGUAGGUGCUACGUGGGCAGCAGUACGGCCGGAGCUGUGACGUGUGGAGUGUGGGCUGUGCCAUCAUCGAGAUGUCGUGUGCCAAGCCCCCCUGGAACGCUGAGAAACAUUCCAACCAUCUGGCCCUCAUAUUCAAGGUACCGUCAAUACAAGUAGUGGGGUCCUGUAUGGCUCAGUUGGUAGAGCAAUGCGCUUGAAAUGUCAGGGUUGUGAGUUUGAUCCCUGGUGCCACUCAAUGUGAAAAAUGUAUGCACGCAUGACCAUAAGUCUCUUUGAAUAAAAGCGUCUGCUAAAGGGCAUAUAUUAUUAUUAUUAUUAUUAUUAUUAUUAUUAUUAGUUAGGAUUUUAAGGAAACCAUGUCCAUUCAGUUAGAUAUGUGAUCAAUAUGUCUUCAGGACCAGAAAUAUCCUAGAAAUGUUAUUGUUGCUAUUUAGCAUUAUCAUGGACUAUGCAACCCACAAAGAUGGAGUUGGCACUCUCUGCUUGUAAGGCUUGAACUGAACAAAUUCACAGGAUAUACUGCCACAACAUUACUUUAUAUCGAUUGAUGUACACACAUACAGCUUAAAAAGCACACAUAUAGCUGUAAAGACUCACGUAUGGUUGUAAAAGACAUACAGAAAGUAUUCAGACCCCUUGACUUUUUCCACAUUUUGUUAGGUUAUAGCCUUAUUCUAAAAUUGAUUAAAUUGUUUAUUUUCCCCCUCAUCAAUCUCCACACAAUACCCCAUAAUGACAAAGCAAAAACAGCUUUUUAUAAAUUUUUGAUAAUUUAUUACAAAUAAAAAACUGAAAUAUUACGUUUACGUAAGUAUUCAGACCCUUUAAUCAGUACUUUGUUGAAGCACCUUUGGCAGUGAUUACAGCCUCGAGUCUUCUUGGGUAUGACGCUACAAGCUUGGCACGCCUGUAUUUGGGGAGUUUCUCCCAUUCUUCUCUAAAGAUCCUCUCAAGCUCUGUCAGGUUGGAUGGGGAGCAUUCCUGCACAGCUAUUUUCAUGUCUCUCCAGAGAUGUUCGAUUGGGUUCAAGUCCAGGCUCUGACUGGGCCACUCAAGGACAUUCAGAAACUUGUCACAAAGCCACUCCUGCGUUGUCUUGGCUGUGUGCUUAGGGUCGUUGUCCUGUUGGAAGGUGAACCUUCGGCCCAGUCUGAGGUCCUGAGCGCUCUGGAGCAGGUUUUCAUCAAGAAUCUCUCUGUACUUUGCUCCAUUCAUCUUUGCUUCGAUCCUGACUAGUCUCCCAGUCCCUGCCGCUGAUAAACAUCCCCACAGCAUGAUUCUGCCACCACCAUGCUUCACCGUAGGGAUGGUGCCAGGUUUCCUCAAACAAUCCUGUCUCGGAGCUCUACGGACAAUUCCUUCAACCUCAUGGCUUGGUCUUUGCUCUGACAUGCACUGUCAACUGUUAGACCUUAUAUAGACAGGUGUGUGCCUUUCCAAAUCAUGUCCAAUCAAUUGAAUUUACCACAGGUGGACUCCAAUCAAGUUUUAGAAACAUCUCAAGGAUGAUCAAUGGAAACAAGAUGCACCUGAGCUCAAUUUCGAGUCUCAUAGCAAAGGGUCUGAAUACUUAUGUAAAUAAUGUAUUUCUGUUUUUUAUAUGUAAUACAUUUGCAAAAAUUUCCUAAAACCUGUUUUCACUUUGUCAUUAUGGGGUAUUGUGUGUAGAUUGCUGAGGAUCUUUUUUUAUUUAAUCCAUUUUAGAAUAAGGCUGUAAUGUAACAACAUGUGGAAAAAGUAAAGGGCUCUGAAUACUUUCUGAAAGCACUGUACGUAUUCACACCCCUAAGUCAAUACUUUGUAGAUGCACCUUUGUGUCACGAUCGUCGUAUGGAGUAGACCAAUGCGCAGCGUUAGUUGCGAACAUACUUCUUUAUUGAAUGAAUGCACGAACAAAACAAGAAACGAUACGUGACGUCCUCGGUACAACACAACCGACACGGCAACAAACCAAAACGGAAACACCCAACAGGAACAAGAUCCCACAAACACAAAGGGAAAACAGACAGUUUAAAUAUGGCUCCCAAUCAGAGACAACCAGCCACAGCUGACACUCGUUGCCUCUGAUUGGGAGCCACUCUGGCCAACAUAGAAACACAACAACCAGAACUCCCGACAUAGAAAUACAACACAUAGAAUGACCACACCCUGGCUCAACAUAUAGAGUCCCAGAGCCCGGGUGUGACACUUUGGCAGCGAUUACUGCUGUGAAUAUUUCUGGAAUAGUCUCUAAGAGCUUUCCACACCUGGAUUGUGCAACAUUUGCCCAUUAUUAUUUUAAAAAAUUGUCAAGCUCUGUCAAAUUGGUUGUUUAUCAUUGCUAAAUUGGUUGUUUAUCAUUGCUAGACAACAACUCGGCCACUCAGGAACAUUCACUGUCUUCUUGGUAAGCAACUCCAGUGUAGAUUUGGCCUUGUGUUUUAGGUUAUUCUCCUGCUGAAAGGUGAAUGUAUCUCCCAGUUUCUGGUGGAAAGCAGACUGAACCAGGUUUUCCUCUAGGAUUUUGCCUCCAUUCCAUACAUUUUUUUAUCCCCAGUCCUUAACAAUUACAUGCAUACCCAUAACAUCAUGCUGCCGCCACUAUGCUUGAAAAUAUGGAGCGUGGUACUCAGUAAUGUGUUGUAUUGGAUUUGCCCCAAAUGUAACACUUUGUAUUCAGGACAAAAAUUUAAUUGCUUUGGCACAUUUUUUGUAGUAUUACUUUAGUGCCUUGUUGCAAACAGGAUGCAUGUUUUGGAAUAUUUGUAUUCUGUACAGGCUUCCUUCCAUUUCACUCUAUCGAUUAGGUUAGUAUUGUGGAGUUACUGCAAUGUUGUUGAUCCAUCCUCAGUUUUCUUCUAUCACAGCCAUUCAACUCUGUAACUGUUUUAACAUCACCUUUGGCCUCAUGGUGAAAUCCCAGAGCGGUUUUCUUCCUCUCCAGCAACUGAGUUGGGAAGGACGCCUGUAUCUUUGUAGUGACUGGGUGUAUUGAUACACCAUCCAAAGUGUAAUUAACUUCAGCAUGCUCAAAGGGAUAUUGAAUGUCUGCUUUUUUUAUUUUUACCGAUCUACCAAUAGGUGCCCUUAUUUGCGAGGCAUUGGAAAACCUCCCUGGUUUUUGUGGUUGAAUCUGUUUUAAAAUGUACUGCUCGACUGAGAGACCUUACAGAUAAUUGUAUGUGUGGGGUACAGAAAUGAGGUAGUCAUUCAAAAAUCAUGUUAAACACUAUUAUUGCACACAGAGUCCAUGCAACUUAUUAUGUGAAUUGUUAAGCACAUUUUUACUCCUGAAUUUAUUUAGGCUUGCCAUAACAAAGGGGUUGAAUACUUAUUAACCCAAGACAUUUCAGCUUUUCAUUUGUAAUGAUUUUGUAAAAAUUUCGAAAAACAUAAUUCCACUUUGACAUAAUGGGGUAUUGUGUGUAGGCCAGUGAAAAAAAACUCCAUUUAAUCCAUUUGAAAUUCAGGCUGUAACACUACAACAUGUGGAAAAGUUAAGGGGUGUGAAUCAUUUCUGAAGGCGCUGUAGCUGAAAAGACACAUACAGUGGGGUCCGAAAUUAUUGACACCCUAGAUAAAGAUGAGGAAAAGUGACUGUAUAAAAUCAAUAAUUCAAAUACUGAGCUAUGUUGUAUGCUACAUUUUUUAAAUAAAUUAUAUUAUUUCAUACUAAUACAAUUGCUAAGAGAAAGAGAUUGUUUUAACAAGUAAUAUUAGUUUUUUCUCAAAAAGCUAUGGGUCAAGAUUAUUGACACCCCUGUUUUCAAUACCUUCAAUACCUCACCUGGCGAGGAUAACGGCACUGAGCCUUUUUCAUAUAAUUUAUGAGAUUUGAGAACACAUUGUGAGUGAUUUUAGAACAUUCCUCUAUGCAGAAUCUUUCCAGAUCCUUGAUAUCCUUCGUCUGCGCUUAUGGUCUGCCCUCUUCAAUUCAAACCACAGGUUUUCAAUAACCUGGUUUCCAUCCAACCAUUUUAUGCGAGUAAAGUACAUUUUGGAUUUUAAAAAGUCAUGACAAGCUUGAUGGAAUCAGCAAAUUUUUCGGUAAACUUUCCACAUAUUGACAACAACAAAGAAUGCUGGACAAGGUGGGAACUUUUUUAUGCGAGAAAUGGCGGUAGAAACACUUUAAUGCUCAAAUACUGAUAUAACAACCAUCAUAUCGAAGUAAAUUCGAGUCACGCAAUAAUAUUUUCUGGUCCUCCCACCAUGACUUUGGAAAGCAUGCAGUUUAUUAGGCUGCAGAUUAAAUAAGUUAUGAUGAACUUCACAGGGUAAUGAGCUUCACGCUCCUUUCCAAUAAAUAUCAAGGGUCUUAUUCUGGUGACAUGAUGAUCGAUUCUUGGCUGCAGUAUGACAAAUAAAAAUAAUCUUGCUCUUUUGUCCAUAAUAAUCUAAUCUUGUAUAUAAUAUAUAAUAUAAUAAUAAUAUAAUAUGCCAUUUAGCAGACGCUUUUAUCCAAAGCGACUUACAGUCAUGUGUGCAUACAUUUUUACGUAUGGGUGGUCCCGGGGAUCGAACCCACUACCCUGGCGUUACAAGCGCCAUGCUCUACCAAUUGAGCUACAGAGGACCACAGGUAGCCUACCCGCACUGUAUCUGCGAGCUGUUGGCUAGAGCGCACGUGCCAAGACCAGAGUGGGCACAUUCGCUAUAUAACAGUACAGUUGAAAAUGCAAUGAAAACCUAUUUAACUUGUAUUUUUUAUGGGAAUUUUACAGCAAGUGCGUGAUGCACAGCGCACAGCCUUUUAUCUGCAACAAGUCAAUUUGAUGGAAACAUCUCUGGUGGGAAAAUGUGCAUAUUAUUUUUAUGCAUUUUUUUAAAUAUUCGCAUGAAAAUCUGUUGCCAAUUGGAUGGAAACCUAGCUAAUGGUGUUCAAGUCCGGAGACAGAUGGCCAUUACAAAAUGUAGAUUUUGUGGUCAAUUAACCAUUUCUUUGUGUAUCUUUCUUUCGACACAAAACCCACCACUGGUGUGUGUGGCCAAAGAACUCUAUUUUCAUGCCAUCCCAAAAAAGUUAAUGCCUGGAGUUUUCUAAAUGGCUUUGGCACUUAGACUGGGACCGGUACUAUGAUCAGAUGACAUGAAAAUAGAGCACUUUGGCCUCUGGUCUGAUGAAACAAAAAUAAAACUGUUUGGCCAUAAUGACCAUCGUUAUGUUUGGAGGAAAAAGGGGGCUGCUUUCAAGCCGAAGAACACCAUCCCAACCGUGAAGGACGGGGGUGGCAGCAUCAUGCUGUGGGGGUGCUUUGCUGCAGGAGGGACUGGUGCACUUCACAAAAUAGAUGGCAUCAUGAGGAAGGAAAAUUAUGUGGAUAUAUUGAAGCAACAUCUCAAGACAUCAGUCAGGAAGGUAAAGCUUGGUCGCAAAUGGGUCUUCCAAAUGGACAAUGAACCCAAGCAUACUUCCAAAGUUGUGGCAAAAUGGCUUAAGGACAACAAAGUCAAGGUAUUGGAGUGGCCAUCACAAAGCCCUGACCUCAAUCCUAUAGAAAAUGUGUGGGCAGAACUGAAAAAGCGUGUGCGAGUAAGGAGGCCUACAAACCUGACUCAGUUACACCAGCUCUGUCAGGAGGAAUGGCCCAAAAUUCACCCAACGUAUUGUGGGAAGCUUGUGGAAGGCUUCCCGAAAUGUUUGACCCAAGUUAAACAAUUUAAAGGCAAUGCUAACAAAUACUAAUUGAGGGUAUGUAAACUUCUGAUCCACAAAAAAAAAUCAUUCUCUCUACUAUUAUUCUGACAUUUCACAUUCUUAAAAUAAAGUGGUGAUACUAACUGACCUAAGACAGGGAAUUUUUACUAGGAAUAAAUGUCAGGAAUUGUGAAAAACUGAGUUUAAAUGUAUUUGGCUAAGGUGUAUGUAAACUUCCGACUUCAACUGUAUGGAAUAAGGUACUCUGGUCAGAUGAGACAAAAAUUGAGCUUUUUGGCCAUCAAGGAAAACGCUAUGUCUUGCGCAAACCCAACACCUCUCAUCACCCGAGAACACCAUCCCCACAGUGAAGCAUGGUGGUGGCAGCAUCAUGCUGUGGGGAUGUUUUUAAUUGGCAGGGACUGGGAAACUGGUCAGAAUUGAAAGAAUGAUGGAUGGCGCUAAAUACAGGGAAAUUCUUGAGGGAAACCUGUUUCAGUCUUCCAGAGAUUUGAGUGGGACGGAGGUUCACCUUCCAGCAGGACAAUGACCCUAAGCAUACUGCUAAAGCAACACUCGAGUGAUUUAAGGGGAAACAUUUAAAUGUCUUGGAAUGGCCUAGUCAAAGCCCAGACCUCAAUCCAAUUGAGAAUAUGUGGUAUGACUUAAAGAUUGCUGUACACCAGCGGAACCCAUCCAACUUGAAGGAGCUGGAGCAGUUCUGCAUUGAAGAAUGGGCAUAAAUCCCAGUGGCUAGAUGUGCCAAGCUUAUAGAGACAUACCCCAAGAGACUUGCAGCUGUAAUUGCUGCAAAAGGUGGCUCUACAAAGUAUUGACUUUGGGGGAGUGAAUAGUUAUGCACACUCAAGUUUUCUGUUUUUUUGUCUUAUUUCUUGUUUGUUUCACAAUAAAAAAUAUUUUGCAUCUUCAAAGUGGUAGGCAUGUUGUGUAAAUCAAAUGAUACAAACCCCCCAAAAAUCUAUUUUAAUUCCAGGUUGUAAGGCAACAAAAUAGGAAAAUUGCCAAGUGGGGUGAAUACUUUCGCAAGUCACUGUAUAUAGCUGAAAAAGCACCCUAUUGGCCUUCCUCUUUCAUUCAAAGACCUUGUGGUUGAAAGGUUGUUUCUAUAGUAUCAUAACUUCACCCUCACCUCCUCUCUCCCUCUCCCCCAGAUUGCGAGUGCCACCUGUGCACCCUCCAUCCCUCCCCAGCUGACCCCGGGCCUGAGGGACGUCACCCUGCGCUGCUUGGAGCUGCAGCCCAUGGACCGCCCCCCGUCAAGGGAACUCCUCAAGCACCCCGUCUUCCGUCUCAACUGGUAGCCCCCAACAUCCUCCCCCAUUCCCCUACCCUCCCAAUCCCAAAGCGUCCGCAUGGAAAUACUACUGAAGGCCCAGCCAGCCUACCUUCUCUUCUCUCCUCAUCUAAACGCUGCCAAUCAGACCACCCUCCCUAACCGGUCCCCUUACUGCCUUCCUUGCACCCCAGACCCUCCCCAGUCAUGAGUUGAGGGCCUGGGAUGGACAGUAGUAUCUGGACUCUCCUCUCUCCCUCCCUUCUACUAUGGCCUCAAACUGCUGUA